CACUCGCACAGCUGACCCCGGAGCAGGUUGUCAGAGAGGAGCUGCGUGUGUCCCGCUCGGGUAAGGCGGCCGCCGGCCGGUGUCUGUGUAUUGCCUCCUGCGCCAUGUCUCCGGAUAGGAAGGUCAGGCUGUCUCCACUUGUCAGGUGGCUGGCUGGGCAUUAUGGGUAAUGUAGUACGUUGCCACUAUAGUGCUCAGUAGCCACCCAUCAUUGAUGUGUUAAUGUAGGCUACCUGUUAUCAGCUCUCCACGGAGACUGCACUCUGAGUACCCACUGUACAGCGCUACGAAAUGUGCUGGCGCUAUAUAAACAAUAAUAAUACCUGUGUAUGAUCACCUUGGGGGGUGGGUUACCCCACUUACCCUGUAAGGGUAGCACAGCAUUAUGUAUGGCAUAAAUAAAUAAUCAUGAGCAUAAGGGGGGAGAGGGGGGACAAAUCCCAAAGAUUAUUAUUUAAAAAAAUGUUUAGCUUUUACACUUCUACGCUUUAUUACUUGGAUUAUAGAAUAAAACAAAACAUUUUAGGAGUAGGGUUUGUUUGUUUUUUUUUGUUUUUUUUUAAAAAAGCUUUAAAAAAAAAAAAUCAAUACAUCUUCACAAGGAGAUGCAAAUAUUUUCGGUGGAUAAACAGAUGUACAUUGCAUACAUUUAAACAAAAAUAAAUAUAUUCCUGUACCUUGUUUGAAUAAUUGAGAUUUAUUUUUUCGUGAGCAAAUGUAUGUUUAAACUGGGAUUUUUUUAUUUUUUUUUCCCAAGCAAGUUGUUUUGGCUUAAAGGGACGCUAUAGUCACCCAGACCACUUCAGCUCAAUGAAGUGGUCUGGGUGUCAGGUCCCUCUAGUGUUAACCCUGCCUGAUGUAAACAUAGCAGUUUCUGAGAACUGCUAUGUUUGAGAAACUGCUAUGUUUACAUCUGGGGUUAAGCCAGCCUCUAGUGGCUGUCUUCCGGACAGCCACUAGAGGCGCAUCGGCAAUGAUUGAGGCAUAUUAUGCCUCAAUCACACAGAGCAUCCAUAGGAAAGCAUUGAAAAAUGUUUUCAUACUGACACUUCGAAUGCGCGCGCGGCAGUGCCAGUGACGUCAAAAAAGGAUGCUGACGGCGGGGGAGGAGAGGUAAGUGAGCCCGUUGGGGGUGGGAGCGGGAGUGGGACCCUGAGGGUGGGGGCACCCUCAGGGUACUAUGGUGUCAUGAAAACCAAGCGGUUUUCCUGACACUAUAGUGUCCCUUUAACCUUUGUAUUUUUGGAUUUCAACUCAUCAUGUGCUCAUCAUAUGAUCCUGCCAGCAUAGGAAUUCUAAAAAAAGAAUUAAAAAAAAAAAAAACUACUUGUGUGCAUUUUGCCUGAUUAAAUUUGAUCCCGCAAUGAGGCUGUAUCAGCCUCCUUCAUCUAACAUUUAUCUGUGCAGAUAAUGUCUUCAUUGUGUGAAAUUGUAGUUUGUGUAAACAGCCCUUCAAAACAACCAACACUUCCUUUUUAAUAUUUAGAAAAACUGUGUUUGCUUGUGUCAAUGUUUUGUAAAUGUUUUUCCAUCCAGCCAUGUAUUGCGUUAGUAUUUUAGCCUAAAAAAUUGUAAAAGCUUUCUUGCAAAUAAAAUUUGUAUUGCACAGUGAUAUUGUCCUUGUAUGUGCAUUUUUUCUCACAGAGGUCUGUUUCACUUUGUUAAAAAUGUGUCUUCCCCUCUACAGAUAGUUCUGAUUAUAAUGAAAUUAAAGUAGAUGAGUUGUGAAAGUGUUUUCACAGUAAGUUUGUGCAGCCUUUACUUAGUUUUAUAAUGCCAGCGACACAUCCUUAAAAGAGUUAAACAUUGUAAAGGAUUACACCAAGUACAUGACAAUUUAUAAUAUACCCUACUUUGAAUCUGAAUUUGAAAGUGAUGUUAGUCACCCAGAGCUAAACAGUACAACUCAUGUUUUAGAACAGGCUUCCCCAAACUCCGGCCCUCCAGAUGUUACUUAACUACAGCUCCCAUGAUUCUAUGAAUGAAAUGGGCUGAGAAUCAUGGGAGUUGUAGUUCAGCAACAUCUGGAGGGCCGGAGUUUGUGGAAGCCAGUUUUAGAACAAAGAGGUCCCCAAUAUAGUCAGCUGUAGGGCUCAGGCAGCGAAUGCAGUCAAAAUAUAAAUGGAAUUGAUAUUCCUAGUGAGGAAAUGUAACUGUUGCAGUAUCAGUAUGCAGAGUAAAAGGUCUGCGCCACUGGCACGUGGGAGGCACUCAGUUUGUGCCAAGCUGAUCGAAAACGGUUUAACACAAGACAGGGGAAUCUUGCUACCAUUACUACUACAGCAGAAUAUGGUUAUGGUUAUUAGUGCCCUUUCAGCUGAUGUCAUUCAAUGAGGAAUAUAGCCUGUCAUGCACAGUAUUUCUGUGGCUGAGCAUCCUAUAUAAAUGCUUACAAGCAAAGGUAUCAGUAAUUCUAGCUUUUUUUGAUCAUAGUUGAUAAUAUUUCAAAGAUUAUUCUCUCUCCAUCAUUAUUUUAUUUAUGUGUCAAUAUUUUCCACAACCCUGUACAGUGGGUACGUAGCAUAUAUGUAUUUUGUGAUGAUACAUGUUUAGACACAUAGAAACAAAAAUGGUUAUGGCCCUGUGUAAAAGAGUUUGCACUAUUUGAUCAUAACAUCAAAGUUCAAUGGAAUCGUAAAACAAUGUUGGAAUUUCAUUGACUCAUAGGGGCAACUUUCUCUUACGGGCAAACAGUGUGCUGAGGUAGUUAUAGUGCGUAGAGUGCCCCUUUCAAUUGCUUUGAACCCCCAGUUUAAUACCCAGUUGUAUUCUAAACAAGAAUAAUUUAAAAUACAUCUGACCAAAUUAGCUUUUUCCAAGUCUGCUGGUACUGAUCUUUUAAUAGGUUACCUUUUUGUAAUUAUUCUCAAAUUUACACACAAUUAAAUUUUUGUCCUACUUAAAUGGCUUCGGUCAAACUGAUCUUUAAUGGAAAAAUUUACUGUUUAGAAGCUGAAAAGCCAUCCCACCCCAUUUAUUGUUAAAGCUGUAUGAAUGACUAGAACCAUCUGUAGUCUGCCAGGAGCUCAGAUUGCAACGCUGUGUUAAUACUUUCGGUCAUGUUGUCCCAGUCAGUGAUGGAGCAGACAGUCACUUCACAUUCUGCCAACGUGCAACAGUUAUCAAUAGGUGUUUCCAUUUUCUGUUUGUGGUCUCCUUUUACUCCUUAAGGAGGAAACAUCUGGGUGCUCAAUCAGAUCUAAUCAACACUGCAAAUACAAUCUGAUGGCUGAUAAGAGCCUCUUUGCACGACCAAUUUCAUAUUUUUGUUCUGGUUUGUUUAGAUCUUAAGAUCUAAGUUUUACUUAAAUACACUGAAUAACUGUUGGCUGACAGGGUAGCUUACUGAUUUCUGUAAACCACUUGCUUGUCAUUCUCCAGCGCUGAUCAUUCGUGCUAUAGUUGUAAGAUCCGCAGCUGCUGUAAAACUACAACUCUCUUAAUGCUAGCCAGCCUUAAAGGGUUUAGCUAAGCACCAUCACCACUAAACUGAUUUGAAGUGGUCACGGUGCCUGGAGUUUUUGUGCAGCAUUUCACAACACAUACAGAGAUUAACCCUUCUGUUGCCAGAUGUGCAACAGAGUUAACUAGAGUUCCAGGCUGGCUAAUAUCAAUUAUUUAAUUGCAAAGAAUAACAACCAUUGGUUGAGAGCAGUCAGCUGAUGCUCUCAGCUAAUGAAUGAUGACCACCGCAGCUUCUGAAGUUGGAAGCGCGUCACUGAACCGCAAGUGAGCCUCUGAGCCCAUCAGGGAUCCGAGCAAGGGGACCAGCUAUUGCUAAACAGUUUACCCCAUAAUCAGAGAAUCGAGCCCGAGUACUCGUGGCAUCAUAACCCCUACAGUUACUCCAUUCUAUUUAUUUAUUUAUUUUCUGCAUUUUAACCCCUUAAGGACACAUGACGGAAAUAUUCCAUCAUGAUUUCCCUUUUAUUUCUGAAGUUGUGUCCUUAAGGGGUUAAGAGUGAAUAUGUUCUUAAUGUAUGGGUAACGCCUUUUGUAAACAGACAAGUAGUUUCCAUAUGCUAGAGACGUCUGGACUGUAGCAUAUGAAGAAAAAAAAGUGUAUAUAUUUUGGUAUUGUUGCACUGUACUUUUAAAACUUUUAUGAAGUGAUACAAGAGUAACUCACCUAUUUUAAUUAAUUAGGUUCUUAAUCCAAAACUGGAAUCAUUUAUUGCUAAAUGUUAGAAAACACAUACAGUGUACCAUGACCACAGAAACGCUAACUGCUAUCCUUGUAUGAUAUAUGGAGGAAUUUCUUGAAAUUUGGAACUUGUGGCUAACACACAUGCGAUCACUUUCUCCACUCCUCCUGUAGACCUGUUUCUCAAGUAGUGUGACUACCUGGUUACUUAUGCUUGCAGGCACCCAAGCUUUUAUAGAAUCCAACUUUUCUAUUUUUAGUACUAUACUAUAUUCUUUAGGUACCAUAGAUCGGUGAUGUAUUUAUCUCUAAACUUCCUGAAUUGUUUUUGUUUGUAUUCCUUUAAUCUGUGUUCACGUUUUUGUUUCUUUAUUUGAUGGUUUAUUGUUCUUUGAUGGUAUAGUUUAAAAAUAUUUAUGUGGCUGCUCAAGAGAGUUUUGCUAUCUUCUAUGUGGCCACUUGAAAGUUAUCUCAGUUCUCUGCUUAUCCACGUCACUACUUGAGUGAGUUCUGUUAGUCUGUUAUAUGGUCACUCAAGAGAGUUCUAAUCUCUGCUAAUUUGCUCACAUACACACUCAAGAAUGUUUUGCUGUAUACUUUUCUAUUACAUGGUCACUCGAGCGUGAUAUAUUACUGUUCCUUUCAUGCCUAGUCUCCUCGAGGCAUCUUAAUAUUGUUAAAUACCAGUUCUAUAAGUGUCACAAAAAUAGGUUGCCGGAUGUUUUGAAUGCUAGGUAGCUGUUUUAUAAAUUUAUUGAAGGUUUAAUAAAUGCCCCCAUUGUCUCAAUAUUGUUGUGUGCACUUUUCACACACUGCUACUUGCUUCCAUGUGGGUAGAUACAGCUGGUUACUGAAUAUUUCUGUUUACUGUUUGAGUGGGUCACAAGACAGUACCCAGUGAUUUAAACCUCAGCAUGAAAUUCUUGGAAUGCUUAGCACUGUAUUGCUGUCAUCUGUUUCUGUGGAUGUUAAUUUAAUCCUUUCUUGUGAUUUUCUAGGUUGGGUGAAGUGAUUUUCUCUUAUAUUAAGAGUUUGCCAUCUGCAGUUAACAUCUCAAAAAGGCAGUCUGUGAUGGGAUUUAAGCACUGACCGAUGGACACACAGAGAGAAAGGUAUGUUUGCUUUAUAGUAUUUGUUUUUUUCACUAUUUAGUUAAAAAUGUAUGUAAAAUAUAUUUUAUUAACAUAAAAAAUCACUCUAUAAUGAUGGUUUUCGUAAACUCGUAUUCCCAUGAAAUCCACUAAGGUGUAAAAUUCAAAGUGAAUUUAAAAUUAGUUAAAAUAAAUGAGCUGAAAACAGCCGACUGGGAGAAUGUUUUAAAAAUGUGGCCUAAAAGUUUAAAUUCACUUUGAGUUCACAGUUUAAUAAAUAAUCCUAGAUUUUAGGACCCCAUCUGUAAACUUCCAUACUACAGGGUAAUGGCCUAUGUGAGGCACAAUUUAGAGGUAAGAGUGUAUAGAAUGAAAUGUAUUUUCUAGGUUUUAGUUACCUGUGGAAUAUGAGGGUUUUAAAGGAACACUGUAAGUGCCAUAGUUAUGGUGCCAGGAGUGGCUUGGCUCCCCUCAUUCAAAUGUAAGUAGGGUUCUGAUGGGUUCUACCCGUCAGGCUAAAGCUUCCGGUCUACAGAGAGGGUGGGAAUAAUUCCCUGUGGACCCCAAGUCAAACUGUUAGCAAACAAAUAUGCUCAGUGACAGGAGUCAUACGUUUGACUGUCUUACUUGAGAGUAUGCCAAGCCCUGAUUCCACAUAGUAUCCUUAUGUGCAGUUACAACCCUUUGUCAGAUCCUAAACAUACAGCUGCUUUUAACGUCUAUGGUGCCUGUAUAUGUGUAAUCCUUGAAAAUAUUUACCAGUCUGAUUGUUGGACAGAUUUACAUGGAUAGAAUGAAUUAUGUUGCAUCUAAAGUCAACCAGGGUUAUUCACUAAAGUGAGAAUUGCUGGGAAUUCAGUGUCAAAUUUAAGGCCAAAAUAGCCAAUCUGAACACAGAAUUUAUUCUUAGAAUUUUUGAAAUUCAGCUAUGGUGGUUUAAAUGUUGACAUUUAUUUUGAAUUCUAUACUCCCAGAGGAUUUCUCAUGCCAGUCGUCAACUACUACACAUUAUCAUCCCAGUAAAAUCAUAUUAAGAUUAUGAACAUAUGUUUCCCUCUUAUUGCAGUUCUGAAAACAGGGAAAGAGACACAGAAAGAGGCGUUGUGCAUGUAUGGAAGGCUGGUGCUGUCCCUUUAAACCCUGAGAGGCUUUCUGGCUUGGGAGGAAGGAUCGUGCUACAAGCCAGCCUUGGAAUAAAUCAUGGACUUCUGCUAACUAGCGGUAAGGAGACCAUUGUACAGUUCUACAGAACUUGUUGGUGCUUUAUAAAUAAUAAUAAUAAUAUUAGCGUGCACAUGUUUCAUUGCCUUGAAAAUGUGCUAACUAGCACUUCAGAAAACUUGUUAAAAUGUUUUAACUCUGUUUAAAAACACUGGCACCGUUGCCUUAGAUUUGCCACAGAAAUACAAAUGUGUUAAAGGGUCAGUCUUAGCAUCACAACGACUGCACCCCAUUGUAGUGGUGAUAGUGCUAGAGGGCUACGGGUACCAUUUCCUGGUUUGGGGCCCUGAGAUAUCCCUUGAUUUCUUCUCUUUUGCCUUAUUAUUACUGCAAGUCUACAGUUCCUCAUUAGCAAGAUCAGUUUUGUCCAUUUUUAAAUGGCAGUGAUAGGCAGAGCACAUUAGCUCAAAAUUGGUUUGACAUAGAAUGAGGGUCGGUUCCUAUAGUGUGCUUGCACCAUAACCACUACAACCAGUUGUAGUUUAUGGUGCAGUGGUUAUGGUGCUUUGACGGUUCCUUAAAAUCGGUAAAAUUACUUUUGUUGAUUUCAGUGAUUUUAAUCACAGGAAAGAAUAAAAUUAGUCUUUGCAGACUCAGUUCAAUACUAAUUAUUUAGUGUUAUUUCUACAUUUCAUUCUACUAAACCUUUGGGCCACUCUGCUAUUUUUAGUGUAUGUUAUAAUUUAAAUUCUUCACAAAAUAAUGUAAUUAUUUUUCUAUUGCAGGUGGUGACGUUUACAGUUUUGGAAAGCAACCAUGGAGAGAGAACUCACAAGAGGUUACACCAGAAGAUCCACAACUGGAAAAGGGUCUGCAGGCACACCGUGUAACAUGUGUGGCUGCAGGGAGUUACCACUGUGGAGCGGUAACAGAAAGUGGAAUGGUGUACAUGUGGGGCGAGAACACGGCAGGCCAGUGUGCUAUUGCAGACUGCCCAACAGUGCCAGAGCCCGUAGCUAUUACUAUAUCCGAUCAGGAGAGUACACCUCCAAGGUGGGUGAGAGUUAUGCAACUGUCCUGUGGAGAAGAACACACUCUUGCACUGUCAACCACCCGGGAAGUCUGGGCAUGGGGCAGUGGCUGCCAGCUUGGACUGAUCACGUCAUCCUCCCCAGUAACAAAGCCACAAAAGGUGGAGCAUCUUUCAGGCCGUGUAGUUCUUCAGGUGGUCUGUGGUGCAUUUCACAGCCUAGCCCUUGUUCAGUGCCAUCUUGCUCAAGAGGUUAAGCCUAUCCCAGAGAGGUGCAACCACUGUCGGGAAUUACUUAUCACCAUGACCGAGAAAGAAGACCAUGUCAUUAUUUCUGAUGCUCACUGCUGUCCACUGGGUGUUAUGUUGGCGGAAUCCCAUCUUGAGACCCAGUCUGUUCACUCUUCUAUUAGUUCUGGGGACAAAAGUUCAGUAAAGGAACAGAAUUCCUUGUCUUCAGAAACCCAGGACGACAAAGAGAACUCUUUUUCCAAAGUGCAGACCUCAGUUGAGACUGAACUUGGUACUGAUGCUGCUAGCAUUUGUGAAACUGAAGCCUCUUCCAGUAUGGACAGAGAUGCUCCUGCACCCCCCUUACAUUCAGACACUGAUCAGAAUGAAAGCAGAACUGUUAAUGAUACCACGGAGGUUGCACAGGUAAUGUGUUAUUCACUAAGUCUAUCUACCCCUGUUGAGAUACAAUUUGCUAUUUAAACAUGUGUCUCUGUUGAACAUUUCCACUCAUACGGUCUGGUGGAUAAACUGCUUGGCUUAAAAAAUAAAAUAUGGCUUCAUCAAGCCCAUAGUCAGGGAAGGGGCUGCCAGCUACAUCACUUGCCUACAGCUGUGUUUCUCAACCUUUUACAGAGAAGUCUAAAAUAAAUUCCUAAAUUCCCCUGCUUCUAGAAAUUAAUUUCUAUUGAAAGUAAACACUGCUAUUAAAGUUAAUCCCAUAUUGGUGAAAUAGUCUGAUUAAAGGUAGUAAAUAAUAUUUUUAAAAUAAAUAUGACCGUGUGAAUAUUAUGUAUGUAAGGAGGAGUUAGUAAACACAAUACAGGUUGCACCAAAUACUGAAUCCAAAAAAUCCAAAGUAUGCUUGAGAUAUUGUUAGUUGGUAAGCAUCUGGACUUCAAAAAUGCAUGUAGAUAUAUGUAAUAAAGCACAAAAUAACCAAUAAUAAUGCAGAUUGUCUGGUGCUAGGUGGAAGACAUACAACAGAGAUAUUGGGCUUGCACUCACAUUUAAUAGUGCUAUAGGCCAGUUCAAGGCAAAACCGCAUAGAGCGGUACAUUCCCCACUGAUGGAUAUGUAGCUCUAUGUGUCAGUCUCACAGCAUACAGAUGACCAUAAAAUAGAUUUUUUUAAAAGCAAACAAUAGUGCUUACUCUGCUAAAACCAAUAAAAUAGAAUAAUGAAAGGUAGUUUGCUUACAUUUGGCAGGGCAGUGUAGACAAUGGCGAAUACCCAUUUUUUUUUCUCCUACAUUCUGUAACAAGCAGUUCCUUGGCUAUAAAUCUCUUAAUUUCUCUUUCAAAUCUCAACCAGCUUUUGUUUCGAAAGCUGGUUGAGAUCCAUUCAGUUUGUACUAAUGAGUAGUAUCAUUAAAUUGUUACUUGUGCACUUUCAGUGCAGAGAUUGGGCGACAUCAUUGUCACCACUACCUACAAUUUAUUAGCCUCCUGGAGGUCUGAUUCCCAUAGAUUUUUUUUUUUCCCCCAGGAGCUUUAAUUCCCUCUGAUUUCAUUCUGGAGCUCUGUUUCCAUCUGAGGGAUUAGUGUUAGGGCAUUAGUGUUGGUACACAGACUUGCUAAUAAAUAUAUAUCUAUCUAUCUAUCAGUCCAGUCCUUGCACUCCAAUAUAUCCAGCAAAUAAUGCAAUAUGUUGUUGCUGGGUGCAUAAACUUAGCCACAACCAAAAAUAUAAAUAUGGGCUAGCACUCACGGUCUUUUGAAAUAAAAUCAGUUCUUUAUUGAAGAAUCUUUAAAAAUCAACGUUUUAGGCUACGUUCUGAGCUUUCAUCAGGAUCAACAAAACAAUUUGCAUUUGUGAUCAUAACCAGUGGUGGAACUACCACGGUCACAGGGAUCGCAGCUGCGACCAGGCCAGGGGGCCUAGCUGCUCUGUCUACCCAUGCUGAUGGAUCUUCUGUCUAAGCGGUGUGACAGUGCCUGACACUGAGUUGUGUUUGGGACAGGAGACUUGGUCUCUUUAAUUGUUAAAUAGGCAAUAUUCAAAGGUCUCUACUUCCAAACUACAUUUCGCUGUCCACACAUCCAGCAGAAGGGAGUUUUAGUCCAUUUCCGGCGUUCUCUGUGCCCUUACUCACAGGAGACGGGAGCCGUGGAAGGACUAAAAUAUCAGCCUCCAGCCCAUGAAAUUCAGCAAAAAGAUUUUUGUGGCGACAAAAACAAGUGCAACCUUGAUGAGGUCCUGAUGGAUAUUGGCUAGACACUGGUAGCAUCAUGUCAGGGAGAGGGUGACCUGUUGCUGGCCAGCCUGCCUGGAGUCCUGUCACUAUGUUAGGGGCACGGAGUGCACUCACAUAAUCUACCCCAGGUCUUACUUGUCAGUGUACCACAGGUAGUCAUGGUCUCACUUUACACCUUUCAGUGGUGGAACAGCAGGGGUCGGUAAGGUCGCUAUACAUAUGUAUGUGUCUGUCAGUGAGUGUGUGUAUCUGUGAGUGAAAGUGUGUGUUGGUUAAACAGUUUGUGGGCCAAUGAAUGUGUGUCUGUCAGUGAAUGUAUGUCUGUGUAUAUCUAUCAGUGAGAGCACAAGGGGGCCCUUCUAUGAUUCUUACACCGGGGCCCUGUGAUUCCAAGUUACACCCUUGAUCAUAUCUGUACUUUCAUUUAGAUCCCUAAAGCACUUUGCCUUGCUAAAGUAUAUUAAGACUUAACAUGAAGUCCACCUUGUUCCAUUUCAUAAAGUUGCCUAUUUCCAGAGAAACCACUACUUUUAUGAAUUGAUUUAGGAAACUUGUGUCAAACUAAAGAAUUUUUCAUAGGAGAAUGAGAACUUUCAUAUGUAUUUGCUAGUCUGAUGCUUCCCUCUUAGAAGCAUUCUAUUGGGUAAUCAGCACAUCCGAUCGGAUGGUCCUUAAGGGGUUACUGAAGUAGCUUUGGUGUAUUAAUUAUGCUCCUAUAGUCUCACUGCUUUAAUUCUGUAAAAAAGAGGGACAGAUGGAUUUGGGCCAAAAAUAUGGUCACUUGAGGGAUAAUGAUAUUAUGGGUUGUGGCCAAGGGCUGGGUUUUUUUCAGCACAUUUUAGGUGAACAGGUAACUUAUUUGCCCCGAAAAUGAUCAGAACUCCUCAGGUUUGUCAUCCCUUUCCAGCAACUCAUAUCACCCCACUCUUAAGUGUUCUAAAGUACCUGAAUACAAAUCCCAAGGGUGUUCUAUCAACAUAGGAAACCAUCCUUAGAAUUGCCAUUUAACUGUCCUCACACUCCUGGCCAGUCCUAGUAAUUCUGGCUCCCUUACUUCCUUUUUGUAUAUCUUCUCUAUAUUGUGCCAUUCCUGUGUGUAGUUAUAUUGUGAAUAAUGGAAAAUAUAUAACCUUGAAGGGAGAUUCCUAGAAUGAUUACUACUACAGUUUACUGCAAUAGUAAUGAUAUGGUGGUAAUGAAACGAGGAGUAUCACGGCGUUCCUUGGUAAGGGACCUCACCUUUUUGCAGUUUGCUUCUUACGCUAUUCCACAUGUUCAGCUUGCUUAGAAAGACAUAAUUUUAAACACUUCUAGCUCAUGUUAGGCUGAGCUGGCUUAUAUGUAGCAACAUGUCCGUCUGUCAAAAUAAUGUUGGCCUUGUGUUGAGGGAGAGGAAUAUAAUGAUAUACAGAAUUCUAUGACUUUAAGCAAUGCUCACGAUUAAAUUAAAUAACUAUUUUUUAUUUAUUUCUUUGCAAUUUUAAAAUUUGCAGUUCAGUUUAUGGAUUCCCCUACACUGUAUGUAGUGAUCCUCCUUUCACAGUAAGAAGUGUGGGAAUUCUGAUCCCUCUUCAAACAAGGCAUUGUUCCAACCCUAAUAAGGAACUGUGCACACACUAGAGAGAGCCUAAAAUUAGAGAGUACCAUUAAAAAAAAAAUUAAAAAAAAUUUGAAAACAAAUAAAUGACAUUUCUAAAUCAAGACUUCACAAUCGGCCAUUGGAUUUUGAAGGACUGGAGGGAGUGAGAGAACAUGCUCGCUUACUAUAAAGGCAGUAAAUGUCUGGAUAGUUUUGCAGUGGAAAAAAUGAGAAAAGCACAGUUAACAAUGUCAAACGUGUGAGAGAUAAAUAAAGCUAACAUUAAAAGGAAAGCUUUGAUAUACCAUUUAAGUUUGUCACAUGUGUAAUUCAGGUAUUACACGCCAUUAGCUGUGCUGGUGUUUUUGGCUGUAUUCCUAACACUACAGCCCUGAUGCACCUUGUCAUUUAGGUCCCUUCUUCUGUAUCAAAGGAAAAAAAGAGAAAUAAAAAUAAGAAUUGCUACCAGGGCUCAACUCGGUGCUGCCACAACCACCUCCUCGGGUUGUGUCAUCCUGGAGGUUCGUAGAGGAGCAUUAGGGAUUAAAUGCAAUGAUUCUAUGUGGCCUACCGUGAUGGCUAUGCGCACGUGAUUCCUGGCUAUACCCAGAGGGCUUGGAGACGUGGCUUUUGGGGGGGGGAGGGGGGGAUAGGGAGAGAGAUGGGGCAGGCACUAUAACAACUUCUAUAAAAUUAAGUUAUUAAAGUGCCUAUCAUGUCCCUUUAUGAUUGGAAAAGUUUGCUUACAGACUCUUUUUAAAUUAGCAACAAUUUAUCAGCAUCAUAUGGAAGUAAAAUAAUAUAGUUUGCGUUCCUUAAUAUUGAUCCUGCUUUGGGUUACAGAACGCCUUUCUGAGAGUGAUAGAAGGUACAGCAUCUUAAAGCACAACUGUCACAUCAAAAUUUUUUUUUUUUUUUUUUAAUAUCAUAAUCCUUUCAUCAAGUACUAGGAGGAAAUUUAAAAAAAAAAAAAAAAAUGAGAAAAAUGCAUCUCUACCUUUAGUAAAUGACCGGAUUCUUCAGCCAUACGCAUACACCUUUGAUCCGACCAUGUUUGAAAACCAACAGUCUCUAUGGUCUACCCUGCUUCUGCUCAGGGAAUGAAGCAAGGGAGACCUUCGAGUCUAACUGUCGGUUUUCAAACACUGUCCGAUCAUGGCCAUGUAAGUGUUCUCAGCCACGAGGUCCAAGCAAAGUUUUAGCAAUCCAAGCUGUAACUAUGAUUAUUUUUGUGAAUUCUCCAUAGUGGGCUUUUGGAGCUGUCUCUUGAGAGCUAAACCGCAAUAUUUUUCAUUUAUACAUUAAUACCUUUUAAAUGUUUUAAUCCUCUUACUUUGUAGGCUCCAGAACAGAAACUGGAAGAACAGUUGAGCAAUUGCCACCUUAAUCCUGUCACUACCUCUACAUCUGCUCUAAACAGCCUGGUGGUGUCCUGUGCUUCCGCCGUUAGUGUGAGAGUAGCCGCUACUUGCGAAGCCGGGGCCCAGUCACUAAAGAAAGUCAUGAACUUUUACUCUGGAUCUCUGUGUGAAGCUGGAACACAUCCUUCUGUGGGAUCUUUGGUACACGAUGGACUGCGGGAUAGCAGGGAAGAACAAGUAAAGCUAGAGUCUAUGCAAGGCAAGAAGAGCUCAAGUCUUGUGGAUAUUCGAGAGGAAGAAGCAGACGCAAGUAGCAGGAGGCUUUCUCUUCCAGGACUCCUCUCUCAAGGUAACUAGAAAGUAUCCCGCACUACCCAAGAGUCUUAAAUGUAAAGAGAACUUCUGUUCAGUUUGGGAAUAUCUUGUCUCCAGCUCCACAAACUUUGCAGAGUAUUUAGUUUUGAGGAAGACAGAGCCAGAAUGCAUUUGGUUGUAACUCUUUCUUAUGACACAAGUCCCACCUUCGGCCUCUGAAACAUAGUCUCUCUAUAAGAUAAUAGCUAUAAAUUUUAGAUGACCAAUUAAAGGGACACGUUGUGGUGCCUCAUGUCACAUGACAUCAACAUCAGGUGAUCUUUUGCUAGUGUUGAUAUCGGCACAUUCAAAGCAAUUUAUGAAUGCAGAAGCAUUCAUAAACCCCUCAUGAGAAGUUUUUUGGAAAGGCAAAAGACAAAUCCUGUGCGGGCAGCCAUUCUUAAUGGGAAGAAGGAAUUUGGAUUUAAAAUAGUGGGAUGGGUAAUGCUCUAAUAAUACAGAGGAGAUGGGUCAGUGGAGACCUAAUGUGGAAACAGGAGCUAUUGUUGAGAGGAAGAGGAGAACAAACAUAAUGGGUGAAAAAUGGGUGAAAAGAGGACUGCUGUGGUAGGAGAAAAGAAGAUUGAUCUGAAGGUUGGAAAAAGGUUACUGGCAAUGUAAGAGAAGUGUAUGAAUAUGGUAGAAGUAUAGAGUGAAUAGAAUUGGUUAGAAAUGGGAGAAGGAGAAAACUGGACAUGUAAAGGAUGCGGGAGAUGGAAGCAGUGGGGCAGAGAUAAAGGGAAGGGGAGAUAAAAUGAAAAGAGGGUGGGGCUAGCUCCACUUGUUUAAGUUGAAAGGCUGUUAUGAUUUGAAGGGAUUUACAGGAGCUGAUGUAAAGGCGAUAGGAUGGCUUUACCCUGAGAUGUUUAGAGUGUCAGAGAUACCCAACAGAAAGUAAACACAAUUCAAUAUUUUUUUUUUUGGUAUUCUGCUUCACCUGCAUGGAAUAUCAUUUUAUUUUAAAACAUUAAAGAUUAAAAAAAGAAAGAUAAAUGGCAAAUUGGAUGCUUUUACGUGUGUUACUUGAGAUCUGCAGAUAAUUUGGCACUUUCACUCAAAAACAUUUCCUGUCCCUGCCCUAAGUGAUGAUAAUUUUUCCAUCACCUGCUCAAAGCUACCAUCCGUGAAAGCAACAGUGUUAAAAAUGUAAGAUAAGUUGCGAAUGUGCAAUACACUUUUUGACUUUGCCACGUUUCAUGAUGUCAACAGCCCAGCCUGCGUGCCUGCAGUCAUUGGCAUGAUUUACAGUUCUGUUCUCUGACUGAAUUCAAUUAAUAAGGCCCUGCUUUGGGUUUCUGGUUGUUUCUUUAUUUUUCAGUAUUGCGUGAUAAAUUCAUUAUUGUAUUUUACCAGUCUAUGUUUCGAACAUGGUGGCUAAACCAUUCCAUUACCUACAAUGUUUCUGUGACAAACACUGUACACAACUGUAGAACCCUGAAAUUUAAAACCAGAAUUGCUUGCUUUUCUGAUACACAUGAAAAGGGGAGGAGAGCAUGCUUGUGGUCUAAAUAUUUCACAUGUGGAAUAAUACAGCAGAUUGUACUCUUGUGCGUUUGAAGUGGUUUUUAAAAAUCAUCCAAUAGACGCAUUCAAGCACCUUGUAAGCAAUGCAUUUGGCAGGAGAUCAGCCACUUAUGGGGGUAAACACAUACAGGGUACCAUCUUUUUUUUUUUUGUGUGUGUUAAAACACCACCUUGCAGUAAAUUUUUCAUCCAACUGCAACAUUUAGGCAAUAAUAGGAUUUAGUAAAAAUUUACUAACUCUGCGAUAGUCACAGCAAUUUUGCAAUUUGGUAUUUCAUUCACUACAUUUUCUAGUUUAGUGAAUAAACCCCUUGGACGAUAUUAACAUUACCUUCCCUUCAAAAACCAUAAAUCUGAGGUGGUUGCAGGUUAUCUGGCGCCCGGGGGAAUUGCUUUAGAAUUGCAACGUUUUAUUUUUCACUCCAUGCCACCUUUCUGUUUCUCUUAGUUUCCAUACACUCCUGUAUCUCUACACCCCUUCAACCACCAUUUGUGUGUCUCAUGAUCCCACCUUACCCUCUUGUGUGUCUCUCAUAGUUAACUUAUGGGUUUCCUAUAACCUCCCUUUACCAACUUGUCUUUUCUUUCCCAAGUCCCAUUUAAUCCCCUUACUCCCUUGUGUAACCCGCCUUACCUCUUUGCGUCUCUUAACCGCACUUGCCACCAUGUAAAUGUGCCGUUGUACACAUGCUGAACUGUUCUUUCUUGGUUUGCAGUCUCUCCCAGACUCCUGAGGAAAGUAGGCAGAGCAAAGAUGAGAACCGUGGCUCUAACGCCCACAAACAGUGGUGAAGCUGAUCUGUUGCUGCCAUCCCUAAAAACGGAGGUGUGGAGCUGGGGACGAGGCAAAGAAGGACAACUAGGCCAUGGAGAUGUCCUGCCAAGGUAAGAGAACCUUUAACCUACUGGAUGGUAUAACAACUGUCUAUUUCGUUUGUAUGUAGAAAGCAUUCAACAGAAGAAAGGUUUCUGGUUUUAAUGAAAUAAGCAAUGAUCUGUAUACAAUGAUUCCAACACAAACAACUUAUUGUGUGUUAAAGAAAGUAAUACUCUAUCAACUGGAUGUAAACUAGUAUCCUAUUCUUCCUUAUUGUUUUUUGAUGCUCUCACAUCGGUAGAACACUAAAGAUAUGUGUUCGCCCUUUCAGACAUUAAAGGGAGCUUUGGCAGGCCUCAUCUGCAAGAUAUUCAAAAACAUAUGUGGUUUGGUAUUAUCUACUGAAAUAUGCACAUAGUUUUCAAAAAGGCUUCACCAAAUAAAAUGUGCUUUAACCUGUCUUUUAACCAGGCUGCAGCCUCUAUGUGUGCGGAGCAUGGAUGGUAAAGAAGUGGUUCAGUUGGCAGCCGGCAGUCACCACUCACUUGCCCUUACUGCCAGGUCUCAGGUAACGUGUCCUAUAUCUAAUCUGCAUAUUGAGAAAAAUGCACUGUUAAUUUUCAAGCAUGUGCUGUGUUAUAUGGGCAGUACAAUAUUUCUAGAGAUCAGAAUACAAUUUGUUUUAUGUCUGAGAAUGUUGUUUGACUAGCUUUAUUGGUUUUACUAAAACAAUGAACAAAGUGUCAGACAUGAGCUAGAGGUAGUCUAACAAUUGCUUGAAACUGAUUUCAUGAAUCAUGCAAAAAAUGUGAAGGGUGAGUUUAGAUGCAAGUAGUCAUUUAAUCUUUUACAAUGAUUAAUGUCAAAAACAUGUAAGGCAUGCAGAGUGUUGAAUUUACCUAAUUGGAUUUGUGUUAUGGAUGUAUAUAAAAUAUCAUCCUAACCAGUUACUGGUUAAAGCUUUUACUGCCUUACCACAGGGACAUUCCUGCCGGUACUCACACCACUAUUGGUUUCUGCAGCACAGCAGAGGGUAAGGCAGUGCUGCAGGGAGGCUCUUCUGGAGCCUGACUUUUUGAGACCUGGGGCAACAUUUGCAGCUAACUCAGUUGUCCACGAGGCAGGAAGCAGGAGUGAGAGCUUGUCAGUGUGUGUAUCUGUGUGUUGUAGUGUAUGUGUUAUAUACACAACACUCAAAUACACCCCUGCAUACAUACUUGAACACAAACACACACCUGCAUUCAAAUGCUAACACUACAAGCAUACCCCUGCAUUCAAAUACUACCACUGUACACACAUAUACUCCUACAUUCAAACAUCAAUAUUAUAUGCAAAUACAACUCUGUAUUCACACACAUACUCCAUAAAACACAUUCAAACACACAUUGCACACAAAAGCAACCAUGCAAGGAUGUACAAAUGAUAGAUCCUCAGCUGGCAAAGUAUUGUGAAUGUUGUACAGCAAUGAAAGGUACACUUUUUAUUUUGGGCGGUGGAGGGCACAGAAAUAUUUCUUGCACCGCUUUAUUUGUUCUAUUAGUUCUGGCACUUGAUCUAAUUGAAAAGGAGAUUUUUUAUAUUUAUUUUUUUUUACUCUUUUUUUUUCAGAGUAGGGGUAGAGGUCUGCUUUCUUAAGUUAAUAGCCCUAAAUUAAGACCUUUUCAGCUCUGGUGAGCUAGCUGGCACGUAAAUGCUUAUACUUGUGAUUGACCUAUAAAAGUGAGUUUCAAUCUCCCUAACAAUGAUUUCAGGGCUAAUAGCAGCAUCAAGAAUGGUUUAUCAUGUUACUGAUUUGCAUUUACGGCUCUCUGAGCAUCCAGGACAAUAUAGUUGAAAGCAACAAGCAGCCCAGGAAUAUCCAUUGGUUAAAUAAUUUCUUUAAUGUGCCCAAUCAUUUCCUGAGCUCGGCAACUGGCACAGCUUUUUUAUUAUAUUUACAGUGCCGCGGAACUUUUUGGCAUAAUAUAAAUAAUAAUAAUAAUGUGUCCCUUACUUUCAGGUCUAUUCCUGGGGGAGCAAUGCAUCGGGUCAACUUGGUCACAUUCAAUCUCCAACUACCAUGCCUCGACUUGCUAAGGUAUGAGGCAGUACAUGCUACUGAUCUGCUAAAUAGAACAAAAGUCAAAUGGCGACACUCUCAAUAAUCAUAUUUAAUAGAACACAUCACACUUUAAUAGACGUUAUGGUCCCACAUCUUCAGAAGGAGAAACUUGAGUGAGGCUAACAUACUUAUAGAAGGAGAUGUCCAAUGUCCUUAUUAAAACUUCAUAACUCUCGUAUUUAUAAAACAGACAUGGUUUGAUAAAACAAUCCUAGUUCUUUCAUUAUUCAAAGAUAAUCUGUUCUUUUUAUAAGGUAAACAAUACUGACCUCUUGGGUUACCUAUAACAUAUUUCAUGCUUCUCUACUUUAGGUAUGCAAUGAUGACCAUGCGUGGAGCAUAGCUGCAGGACAGGACCAUUCCCUUUUCCUUGCUCACGGAAGUGAAGAUUUCCAGCCUUUUAUAUAUAGCACUGGACCGCAAACCGCUAAUGAGAGGAGUGAACCUGAUUCUGAUCCGAGCCCUACACUUCUAACAGAAUGUAGCAAGGUGUGCUGUUUUCAACUUUUACAAACCGGCUAUUAAGUAGGGCAAUAUACUCUCUGGUUAAGAGUAAAAGUAUAGCUGUCACUUGAUGUCAUGUCAGCAUUUCCAGAAAGUGUCCUUUAAUCACUGGUUUCUUAUUGGCCAACUGAACAAGCAAGAUGAAAAGCUUAAUUUUUUCAUCUGUGACUGCCACAGCAUAAUCGAUUGUCUCUUGCUCUCUUUAGCUGGGGUACGUCUCCAGUAUUGCUGCUGGAAUGGGCAGUUGUUUGGCCCUGGUGGACCAGAACCUGAUGGGGUAUAUUGGGAGUCUGCAUGAACUGGCAGCCACAGAGAGACGUUACUAUGGCCGUCUGAGUGAUAUCAAGUCUCAGUUACUCCGACCUCUCCUGGGACUGGGUGAGUAGCCUGACUAAUUUAAUUUUGCGUUGUGUAUUUAUUACAAUGAUCUAUACUUUACUAAUUCGCUCAUUGGGUGCCUGGUUACAUUAGAUCACCAAGGGCAGAGAUGGUGAAGCUCUUUGAUCCGGGGAGCGAAAUCUUCUGUAACAAUAAAGUUAAAUAAUUUAAGGCGCCCAGAACAAAUUUCAUUCCCCCUUUUUUUUUCUUGGUUUCCCAUUUCUUUUGUUGUUUCUUUUCUGCCUAUUCUCCCAGUUAGAGUUCCAGCUUUUUUUGCUCCUUUUAAAAUCUUCCCCCUCAAUGCCUUCAUAUUUUAAUACAUAUUAGUCUCUCUUUAUAUGGCCUUCCAAUUUCCUGCCUUCCUUCUCACCAUAUCAAUUAUUUUCCUUCUUUCGCAUCAUAUUAUUCCACUUUUUUUUUUUUUUUGACAUUCUUUAUUUGUAUGUAGUAAGGUUACAAGACAGGUCAAAUCAUAUCAAAAGACACGGUAUAACAGGUUUUGUAAGGCCCUUAAGCCUUAUGGCCAACAAUAUAUUAUUCCACUUUUAUCUUCUCGCCAUACGAGUCCCCUUCUUUCUCUUCCACAUUUACAUCUGUGUCCUUACCAUUUCCAUCUUAUUUUGCUUCCCCACCGUAUUGGUUCCCAGUUCCACAUCCAUCCUUUGCCCUCUCUCCUCCAUAUUCAACUACUCACAGCAGCACAGUUUCACCCAUGGUGAGAUUAUAUAUCUCUGUCCAAUUCAAUGCUUUCUGUGAUGAUACCAAAAUUACAAUAUUUUACAUUGUCAAAGAAAAGAGGCAGCAUCCAUGCACCAAACAAGAUUAAUUUAUGCAAGUGCCAAUUUCUGCACUUUUUUUGUAAAAUGAAACCAAGAAGAUGCACUAUUCAUACACAAAGCACGUCAGCAAGGUAAAGUGCUUUAGGUGCCUGGAGUGUCCCUUUAAGAAAAAUUGACAAAAGGUGGAGCUCCGCCAUCGACUCUUGUUCCUUUUUAGCAGCCGUCACCUGUGAUGGCUGUGGGAUUCAGGCAUCAUCUUGCUUGUUGCUGUGAUCUAUGGAACUUUCCAUGGUCUUGUAAAAUUCUCUGCAGACCUCAGUGUUGUACUCUCGCGGCUCUGGGCAGGUGAAGCACCAAGAGCGGAAGAGGAUCCCCAGAAGAAGAUGGUUGCAGUUGCGAGGGACAAUCUCAGGUAAUUAUACCUAUCUUCCACUACACCCCGGGGCCACUAUCCCAUUAUAAGAGAUUUCGGCUUCGGAGGUCUUUGCAAAAUAUGUUAGACCCCUGAAAUUGACUGAUCUGCUUUAAUAUAUAGAGAACAUUUCCAUUUUUAUAUAAUCUCUAAAUUAUUUUAUAAUAACGAUUUAUUUAUAUUUUUACACAAUUAAUGGCAGAAUUCUAAAAUAGUCCCCACGGAAACCAACAAAAUUUGUCAAUUGAUGGUCUUUUAAAAUGUUUCUCAAAGACUGUUCUUUAUAGAUAAACCAACUUUUUCAGAGGGACUUUUUCGUUAUAAACAUCAGACAACUGAGGGAACGUUAAAUUUGUUUUACUUGUGGGGUCCUAGAGGGUUAUUUAAAAUGAACCUUUUUAAUGCUGAGGAGGUGAGUAAAACAUCACAGUGUAUGGGUUUAACGAAUACAUGUCUUUCAGUGCCGGAAUUUUUUUCAAAAGUAUGCAAAUAAUUUUCAUGUAGCCAGCAAUGCCUCUGUAAUCUUGGCAGCAAGAGGAAUAAGACAUAUUGCAAGGAAUAUUUAGCCAGGCCCCAAAAAUGGCCUGCUACACAGUAUGCAUACACUUUUUGUGAGUGUUAUAGAAAAACAUGCAAUUGAAGGAGAAAUGACAUGCAAUUCAAAAGGAAUAAAGGUCAUGUACAGGAAAUACAUGGGACUCCUCAAUUCCACACAAACUGUGAAAUUGAGGUUGAUUAAUAGCAACGCAUGGUAAAUCUUGGUUUAUAUUUUAACACUGUAUAUGAGCACUGCAAGUUUAUUUACUUAGUCUCAUGUUUUCCUACCAGUGAAAGAAGUACAGAGACUUAUGACACUGGAUCCUAAAAUAUACACACUGCAGUUUCCACUGCAGAAGGGGGAGUGCGGUUAGGCUAAUCCUUAGACUGUUGAUGCAUUUCUUUGUGUUUUGUAGAACUUUUACGAAAGCAGUGGAAAACUAAGAAAACGUAUUCCGUUUGCAAGCCAUCCCAUUCAAAUCAGCUAUCACGUCACUGAAUGUUGAUAUCACUGGCAUUUUCUGCCUUGAUGUGCAGUUUACACUUAAUUCAAUGUGCAGAUAGUUUGAAACUUAGAAAAAUUAAGCCAUUGGGAGCAGUGAUGUUAGUCAAGUUGUGAGAUCUUCAAUAUAAGUAUUAAGCAAUUUUUUUUGUGUGUGUGUUUUUGUUCUAUCUUUCUAAUGAACAAUUUCUGUGUUUUACUUAAACGUUUAAAACACAUGCAACAGUGUAGCUCAGGGCAAAAACUAUAUACCUGUAUUUAUUUUAUUUCUUGCUAAUGAAUUAUUUCAAGAAUAUUUGCUUUUUACUCUUUAUUUAACAUGAAUUCUUUAUUGUCCCAUUUAUAGACAAUCUGGGCUCUAUGACUACUUACCACUUGUUACAAGAUGUUGCCACAAAGUUCAGCAAACUCUGCUACCUGAUUGGCCAGCACGCAACCUCUCUCAGUAACUUCCUUCAUGGGCUUAAAGAUGCUCGGACCCUCUCCAUUCUGGAGCAUUCAAAUCUCUUUCUAGACAGCUACACAGAGUAAGUCAUAUUUGGUUUUAAAUCUAUAUUACAGUUUUCUAGAAAUUGAUAUAAAGUCAACGUCUUUAAUAAAAACCUACCUUAACAUUUUUUGAAUGAGUUGCAUGCUUCUUCAUUUUUUUUUAAUUUCAUGGUAGAAUAUGCAAUUUGAACAUGCUCUUAAUUCUGAAACAUUUUGAGAAGAAAUUUUAGAAAUCACUCCAGUCCUAAAAAACUGUGUAUUUAAAGGGACUUUUUACUGUAUGUUUAGUUUUUUUAGUUUUUUGGGGGGCUUCAAAAAUAGAAAUCCCAUUAAUUAAUUGGUAUGUCUAUACUACAUUAACUAUUUUUUUUCCCAGUAAAUAGUUUGUGUUUUUUUUGUUUUGUUUGUUUUUACAUUUUUAAAAAUAAUUUUAGAACAAAGGCAGUAUUAUAAAGUACAAAUGUAGUAAAAACACACAAAUAACAAAAAUGAUAUAUCUAAAAGGACAUUACACAUGUCCUUGAGGAAAGUGAUGUAAAAAAAAGUGUAAAACGGGGUGACUACUCCCUAAGGAUUUUAGCUGGGCCUCAGAGGUCCCAUCUCCCAAGUCUUUGCAGUCUCAGGAGUGAAGAGGAAAGGGGGAGGAGAAUGGACAAUAGAGAAGAACUUCACUUCUUCCAGGGGAAAUAAACAUUUCAAUUUUCACAACACAAUCUGACCAUUAAUAGGUAAUUUAAUAGUAAAACAAGUGUCUGAUCUUACCACAUAUACUUAGUAAUUUUAUUUGAGCAUGGUUAAUUUUACUAAAAACUAAAUUUAACUAAAUCUUUAUUUGUGCAUUAGUUAAUGGCACUACAGGCUAUGAUAAUGCAGCCAAACAGAGCAUCAUGGUAAUGAUAAAAAAAGGAAAAUAUUUAUAUGUGAAAUGCAUGCAAUCAGAUAUGUUAAAACAAAAAAAGACGUGCUAUAAAUCCACCCAUCUCUGCACUUGUUAGAAAAGUGUGCAGCCUUGUCCAAUGAAUAAAAAUCGCUAGUGCAAGUGGCUGUCAUUAUUUUUUAUUAUGUAAUAAUGAGCCACUCAAAGCUGUAUGUGCAUGUUCAUUCAUUUGUAUAGGAAAGCGUUUAGCUUGUGUAAUAAUAUUCCCAUAGAAAGAUAUGAGGGAGACCAUCUAAGUUGAGAUACCCCAGCCGCUGCUCAUAACCGAAGAGGCUGUCAGAGCUUUGUAGCUGCUGCAAUCCUACACAGGUUUAAAAUGUAAAGCUUUCUGAUUGUUAUGCACCUGUUGGGGGAAAGAGAGUGUGUUAAAGCGUGGGUGUGUGUAUUAAAGCGUGGGUACUGCAUAGCUCGUAAAUUCAUGUUUCAAAUUGUGGCUCUCCAUUUACUUUCGGCAGGUACUGCACUUCUCUCUUCAACUUCCUCGUGAUGGGGGGAUUUGCGCUCCUCUCCAAACCAGCAAUGUAAGUCACAAAGUAUUGUAAUGACAAAACCUAUUUCAGGAUCUUGCAGUGGGGCAUAUUAAUGGCGACUGCUAAUAUCUAUUUUUAUCAAUAAGUCCCAAAUUUCAAAUAAGCAAUAGGGGAAUGAAGACCAUCAAACGCAAUCUAAUGACAUAGAUGGGAUGAUGUGGCAAAGACCCCUUAAUUUGCUGUGUAGACAACAUAAUUAGGCAAUUAGGAGAGGUGUAGUGAUGCAGCAGCUGGGAGUAACGCGCUAUGUAGAAAAACGCAUGUUACUGGGAGGCAUGGCACUGAUUAAUGGUCCUGUGGUGUAGAGUAGGACUGAGUAGGACAUUUCUGUUUGGAGAGCAUGUGGAUGGAAGACCUAUGGGUGGUUGAUGUGCAGUGAUGCUUGGCCAGAGAGAAAUGGUUGAGUUGAAGCUCGUUGUGGGAUGUUUUUGGCAAAAGUAUGAGCUUAGCACUUUGUAUACUGUAAAUAUACAACUAUGUUGUGUCAGUUUUCAGACUGCAACAAUAAAGCUGCUGGCUGGCAAUUGCAAGGCCAUUUGUCACCAAAUAGAUUAUGUUUAACAUAAAUAAUAAUAUGUAAAUAAGGUUCUGAAAUAAAGUAAUUCAAACUGUUUCUCAUUUCAGGGACUUCUUCGGCAGGAACCAAGAGCUGCUACAGAGGCUUUGUGAGAAUAAAGGGGAAAACAUGCCACUGCUUGAAAUGAUCAAUUCUCUCUUCUUCUCCCCAAUGGGCAGACUACAUAUAUACGCCAGAUUGCUCCUCAAACUGGGCAUGUGCUUUGAAGUGGUUGGUUUCUUGUAUUGAAUUAUUUUAUUAAAUCUGUAUAUUGAGGUUAACUGUCAUCAUCAUCAAUAUAAUCAAGCAUUGCUAUAUUAACCUUUUCCUUUUAGUCUUCUAUAGAAUACAAAAAGAUGCAGGACUGUAGCAGUAGUUAUGAGUCUCUGGCGCUGGCUCUCAGCAGGAACAAGAAGGAGGCCGAACGUACACUGAGCUUCUGGAAAACCUUCCCUGGGAAGAUGACUGUAUGUUUAUAUUGUUCGAUAUGUUCUACCCAAGCUAAUGAUAUAUGCAGUUUUGUUAGUUUAUGCAUGACAUGCAUUUGCUUACAUUUAAUUAUUUUGUUUGCCUGGUUUUCCUGUGACUGCUUUCUUACCUGACAUCAUUCAACUCUCUGUCCUCCAUGCAUGUCAUUUAACAGUCUGGUCGGGUAAGGAACAAAAUAAUUUGUGUUAUUUAUUUUCCAAUUUAAUGAUCUUAUAUGUAAAAACAUAUCAAUCAACAAUCUAAUUGGUACAGUAAAACAGAUUAGGCAAAUCUGUUUGUAGUAUAAGCAGUGUUACACUUUGAAUUAAUUAUACAGUAAACUAUACCUUUAAAUUAAAAUGACGGACUCUUAUAACAAGGCACAAAGAAUAAAUCUUUGGAAAGGGUGAACCAAAAAAAAAAUCUCUCUGUAGGAAUUACUAACAUGAACUAAAAUUAUUUUAAAAAUAUAAAGCGAAAAAAAAACAAAAAAAAACAUGGCUACAACACACAUCGUAGGGACAAUGUAAAUAAAUACAACGCUAGCAUCAAUAAAAAUAAAAUAUAGUUCAGGAUCGACAGUCCAAAGUCUGAUAACAUGCAUGCAAUUGUUUAGCUGGAGGCGGUAUAAUAUGCCAAAAUGGUUGCCAUGUGGUUAUAAAUUAAUUUGUCAAUUCUAAAAAUUGAUUGUAGGGAUGUAAAUCUUGAGAGCUAGAUUUAGAGAGUGACAUGAUGUUAUACCAUUAAUCAGGAAUAAAAUACAUUAUGAGCUGCGUAAUACAGAGACACUCCUAGCAUUGGUUAUGAGAAGAAACGCCCUGCUUUUUGCACACAUUUUCUUACAACUGUAGCAAGUCGCAAAAUAAUCCCACACAGUCUCUCAAAUGAGUUACAAGUAGAAGCUUUGGUUCCCCAUUGGCCAUACAAGUACUUAUAUAAUGUGUAAAUGAAAUGCCAUGCAGAUCCUCACUUCUUCUGGUAAGUAUCAAGGGCCAUAUGCAUUUACAGCAGCAAAACCUGUUGUCUCUUUACAAAAUAUAAUAAUCUUUAUUGAUCCACGGAGACUCAUUUUGGAAUCAAGAAGGAAUAAUUUUUCCAUUCUGUAGUAAAAUUAUAAACCAUUUCAAAAUUGUUUUUUUUUUUCGUCAUCUUUUGUCUGAACAGUAGUAAUAGAGAUGUGUGAAAGGCUAAACAUCAGCCUAUAUUCUGUAACUGUAAUAAUUUAUAGAUCUAUUCAUGCAAAAACAUGAAUGGAGAUAUCUGUAACAACCAGCCAGCAGCAGUUGCAAUCAACAUAGGAAUCUUCUUUAUUCAUGCAUUUUCAUGAAUUAAACUGUUGCCAGUGGUGAAAUCUAGGCAGAUUAUUGUUAGAAAAGCUAAACUGUGUUCUUCCAUUAAAGGUUAAGUCAGGAUUGACUGAAAUACUGUCAACGACUACUUUCGUCUUGGCAGAACAAACAGUUACAGUUGCUGAUCAUCCGGAAAAUCAGAAAUGAAUGUGUUUUUAUUUACAUUUUGAAUACAUUUUCUGUAUAAUGCUUUACGUAAGGGGAUUAGCUUUAGCUUGUGAUGCCCCUCUGUGUAACUAAGAUUCUCAAAAUACUAAAAGUGAACAUCCCAGUGAUGCAAAUGCUAUUCACACAGACAGAGUACAUUAAAAUGCUUAAAAUCUAAUCUAAGAUCCAGUAAUCAUGACUAACCUUGAGAAGGAGGGGAGGGGGGGUGUUUUAGAAAAGCUGCCGUGAGACAUGACUGAAACCAAUAACUAUAUAUAGUGUUUAACCACAUUUUUGUAAAUGUUCUAGCUUGGAAUGGUCUGAAUUCCUUUUGUAACUGUGUGCUUAAGUAGUUAUCAUAAGAUUGGGAUGGUUUUAAAUAAAUAUAUUCUUAAAUAUGAAAAAGAUGUAUCUUGUAGUAACCAUAUUAUUAUUGUUAAUGCUUCCUAGUACAUACCAGAUAAAAUCAGAAACCACACUUCAUUCUGCCAAGUAAACCACAUUCUAAAUAUAUGACCAGUACUAUGAGAUCAUUGUUACAGAUAGUGCAUUACGUUCCCGUCCAUCGCAUAGCAUCCAGUAGUUUCCAUUUGUGAACUAUAGAAUUUAGUUACCGCCUGCUGCUUCUUGCAGUGUCAUAUUUAUAACCGCAUUUGCCCUGUCCUUUGCUAUGCCCUAAUGGUUCUCUUGCAUUGCUUUUUUUUUUUUUUUUGUGCUGUAGGACUCCUUGAGGAAGCCAGAUAGGCGUCUGAUCUGUGAGAGCAGUAACCGAGGUCUCUCUCUGCAGAAUGCCAGUCGUUUCUCAGUCAACUGGUUCAUCCUUUUUAACGAUGCUUUUGUGCACGCCCAGGUAAGAUGGAUUGUGUAGGUAUGGGCAAGAGUCUUCAUUUAGCUGGUAUAAAGAGCUACAGGUUGCAGAAUGUUGUUUGUAUCACUGUAUAUAUUUAUAAUAUAUGUCAUAUAGUAAUAGAUAUACUAUAUAGUUUUGACUUAAUGGUUUACUUCAACCACCACGAUCAGUUCUGCUUUUAGAAGUGGUCGCGGUGGUGCAUCAUUUCUGCUUGAAAUGCUGCCCAAACAGAGAUAUCUGAACUUGAUGCCUCCUCUGAUACUUUCCUCUGUCCCACCCUUUCCUGGUACAAAACGCGCAUGUGCUCUGAGCCUGUGAGAACGAUCCAUUAAAAUGCUUCUCUAUUAGAGACAUUUGAUUGGGCCACGGAAAGGGAAAGAUGGACAUCAGAUGGGGCAUGCAUACCAGCAAAGGGUGCUUUGUCUGGUGCUGGAUUCCUGGUGAGUUUAUUGAUUAUUUAUGAAGUUUUAUUUUAAAAUAAAUGAGUAGGGGUUCAUAGCUGAUCUUUUUCGCAAUUUAGGUGUUUUGGAAUUUAAAUAGAAAAUUCAGUUUGAAUUGUCACUUUAGUAAAUAACUGUGCAUGUGUUAUUUUUAAAUGUUGAUGUAAUGCACUGCUGACAUUAAUUUUGUGUAUAAAAUUGUGUAUAACAUAAGAUAUGUUUCUAAUGUCUUAUUUUCCAGAUACAGCUGUUGUGUCCUAACAUUGAGGAAUAGAUUUGAAUGGGAGAGGAGGAGGGGCUGUAUUUGAGAACUAGUUAAAGUGCAUUGAACUGUUUUGUUGGUGUCUGAUUUUAUGUUCUUGUUAAAUUUGUGAGAUAAACUGAGGGGCAUAAAUAGGAACAAUAACAGUUAAACUUGAAACAGAAUAAUUCUGAGGUAAAGCUAUUUUAAAUGUGAACAAUAUUACUGAUCGCCAAGUGGUGGCGCGAAUUCGCCGCUGCUGAGGAGAUUAUAGAGUGAAAUUUGCUUCACUGAAGAACUUUCGCAGUGCAAUCAGAAACGCACUCCUGUGCAUGUGCAAUAGAGCACGAUUGGGAGAUUCUGACUCCAACAAAAUGUCAUCGGAGUUCAAUCUCAACUGCUAGAAAUAAGAGACGAAAACACAGACACAGUAAUAAAGGAAUGGGGAAAACUCUACAUAUAAGGUUGAAAUACUUAAUCUAGGUGAACAAUAACAGGAUAUGGUGAUGGAAAACUAAGAAAUUUGGAAAUUAAAAUAAAAGGCCAGAUAAUGGCAGAAAUACUGAGGAGUAGAUUAAUGAAAAGAUAAAAUAACUUGAAUUAACAAGGUCAAAAUAAUAAAAAGGGGAAAAGAUAAUAAAACCUUAGAAUUUAUGAAAGAACUGAACUCCUGAGGAAUUUGUAGUAAGUUUCAGUUCUUUGUGUCCAAUCACUUAGGUCAAUGUUUCAGUCCUUGGAUCAGGACUUUUAGCAAGCUUUUUUUUUUAAAUCAAGCUUGCAGCUUUUAAUUUUUGCUCAGACUAAUGCUUCCUCAUUGGCCCAAGCAGCACAGAGGGGGGUGGGCUUCUAGGGGCUCUUGUUUAGCAUUCAAACAUUAAAAACAGUUUAAAGGACCACUCUAGGCACCCAGACCACUUCAGCUUAAUGAAGUGGUCUGGGUGCCAGGUCCAACUAGGAUUAACCCAUUUUUUCAUAAACAUAGCAGUUUCAGAGAAACUGCUAUGUUUAUGAAUGGGUUAAGCCUUCCCCUAUUUCCUCUAGUGGCUGUCUCAUUGACAGCCACUAGAGGCGCUUGCGUGCUUCUCACUGUGAUUUUCACAGUGAGAGCACGCCAGCGUCCAUAGGAAAGCAUUAUGAAUGCAUUCCUAUGUGACCGGCUGAAUGCGCGCGCAGCUCUUGCUGUGCGUGCGCAUUCAGCCGACGGGGAGGAGAGAAGGAGGAUUGGAGGAGGAGAGCUCCCCGCCCAGCGCUGGAAAAAGGUAAGUUUUAACCCUUAUCCCCCUUCCAGAGCCGGGGGGGGUUCCUGAGGGUGGGGGCACCCUCAGGGCACUAUAGUGCCAGGAAAAUGAGUAUGUUUUCCUGGCACUAUAGUGGUCCUUUAAUGCUGGGGACUCCAGACACUAUAAUCAUUCCAAUUAGAUGAAGUAGUUAUGAUGCCUACAGGGUCCCUUUAGGAACAAUAAAUAAGCUUCUGUCAUAGUAUGUCCACUCUUUAAGAGCCCUCUUCCUAUAGUAAAUGUGCCACUGAUUUAGAAAUUGAUUUCAUUAAGAGCUGUCCAGUGCUAACUAAACAUUGAGGCAAACGAGUACCAAUAUUUUUAUGGUACUACAUUGUUAUCACAGUGUGUGCAUUUGAUUUACAGACUAACUGUGUCAUCAGAACAGAUAUCAUUAUUUGGUUUUAUUACUAUUAGCUUGCUUUAUAAUGAUGAACCUUUCUGUAUAUUGUUAUUGGACUGACAUCUGUCUCAUUCACUAUCUAAUGCCUACAGUUCUCUACGCAUCAUAUUUUCCCUCUCUCUACACUUUGGGUGGAACCAUUAUCAGAAGAAGUCGUUGGCAUGUGAGUAGAUCUGUGGCAUUCAUUUACUUUUUGUGUUAUGGCCAAACAACUCCUUGUUGGUUUUAAAUAAAUCAUGAAGCGUUUUAUUCCUCCCUUCUGUAUUGUAAAUAUAUAAUAAUCUUCAUCUUAGUCCUUUAAUUUGCAGAAAGUCAGUCACGUCAAGUCAUCAAAUCUUCUUUUCUCCACAAAUUAAGGGAAUAGAGGAACAAAGUGAGAUUAUCAUGGCCUUGGUGUUCAGAUAAUCUGAAUUGUAUUAACAGUAGGUGACAUAUAUUUUGUAUUGGCUCUCCUUGCUGCACCUCUAAAUAGCAGCGAAAAAACCCAAGAACCAAUUAGGACACAAAAGUGAAAGCGUAUAAGGGAGUUCAUAUUAAACCACUUCCUCUUUCUUUGAUGAAAAUAGGACAGGAACAGACACUCUAGUUAAAUCCAAGCAACCGCAAACUAACAAUAACAUACUAUGAGGAAAACGCUGAAGACACCUCACAAUUGUAGAACAAAGGCAAGAAGAUCACGCUUGAACAAGAAUCAAACAUGAAACAUGGCAUCAUGCAUAAAAACAGGCCUCAUUAAUAUGCUGUAUUUAAAAAAAUUGUUUUUUGUUUAAUUCUAAUUUUAUUGAUAUUUCACAAGUGAUAAAGGGGGGGGUGGGGAGAUUAGGAAGGUGAUGAUACAUUCACUUUAUACAGCAGUAUUGAAAUAGACAUCAAUUUCUAUAAAACUUUACGUUAUAUUACCACUUGUGUUGUCUUAUCUUUCUGCAUUUCUUUGAACCUUUGGUGUGAGGUUGUCAACUGGGGUCACCAGAUAUUCUGGGGGUAGGGUAUGAAGGGUAGGGGCGGGGGAAUACUAUGUACAUGUGGUGGGGAGAAAAGGUACAAGGUGUUUUUUAUCAUCACUUUUCAAUCUAUUGUGGUUGAUUUCGUAUCUGUGCCCAAUGAUUUAGCCAGGGUUCCCAUGUGGUUAGGUAGGCGUUGUAUUUGCCUAUUGUGGACCAAUGUAACAUUUCCAUUUCUCUCAUGUGCUCUACCCUUUCUAUCCAUUGUUUAACUGUGGGUGAUACAGUUUGUUUCCAGUAGGUCGGUAUAAGGUUGUUUGCUUCUCCUAGAAGGAGCCAUAGCAGGCGCUGACUCCUCAUACAUUGGAAAGAUUGCGGCCAUCCCAGCAGGACCUGGGAGGGAGUUAGGGAGUGUGGCACCCUUAAGAUCUCAUUAAUCUUGGAUAUUACUUCUGCCCAGUAUGCUUUUAUUUGUGGACAAAACCACCACAAAUGCACCAUAUUGCCCACGUCUCCCCCGCAUCUCCAACAUUGAUCACUAAUUGUUGGCCAAUAUAAAUGAAGUACAUCUGGAGUCCUAUACCACCUCGUAAUGCGCUUGUAGAAAGACUCGUGUCUUGAUAGGCUACUGGAAGUGUGCAUGGGUUUUGUGAAGAUAAAUGCCCAGUCCUGGUGUGUCAUAUGCAUGUGUAGUUCCUUCAUCCAUUUUCGUUGGGAUGCCAGGGUCUCCUGAGCAUCGUCGGAAGUUUGGAUGAGUAUGUAUAUUUGUGAUAGGGUGCGCUUCUGUGGUUUUGUGGUCGUGCAUAAUUUCUCAAAGAGGGUUAGUCCUCUUGGGGUCCAAUUUGGUAAUACUUUUUUGGGUGAUAGAGUAUCUCAAUUGUGCGUAUCUCAUUGCUUCCAUUAGUGAACGGUGACCUCCUGGAUUUUGGAAAUGCUUGAGUUUAGGUGGUGUAUCUCCUGUCAGUAGAUCUCCUAGUUGUGGGUUCGGCAUCCCUAAUAGUUUUAUUAUAGUAUGUGCCCCCCUGCCCCCUAAUAUAGCCGGGUUUUGGUUUAAUGGCUAUAAUGGAGAAAUGCCUGGUGACAAUUUCCAUGCAUUUUUGUGUGAUCUCCAUUUCUUUAAGAUGUGGGGGAUAAGGGGGUGUGUUGUGUUUAACUGCUGUAGUUGGUAUGUUUGCCAGGGGAGGGAUGAUAGAAGAGCUUGUGCAUAGUUUUGUUCUAUGUCAUACCACGCUUUUUUGUGCCUCAUAUCGGUCCAUUCCCUUAUUCUAGUGAAUAGGACUGCUAUGUAAUAAUUGUAUAUAUGGGGUAGUCCCAUACCUCCUUUUUUUUUUUUGUCCCGUGUGAGUGUUUCAUAUGCCAGUCGGGAUUUUUUAUUUCCCCAAAUAAAUGAAAGGAAGGUUUUUUUUUCAGUGUGUGGAAAAACGAGCGUCCGAGCUCGAUGAGGAGCGUUUGAAAUGUAUAUAGGAUUUUUGGUAGUAUCAUCUUAAUUAUGUUGACUCUCCCAAAAAGGGAGAAGUGUGGUUUGUCCCAUUGUUUGAGUUGUGAUUCAAUGUUAGCCAAUAGGGGGAUAUAGUUCAUUCUAUAGAGGCUCGUAGUUGUGGGUGUGAGUUUAACGCCUAAAUAUGUGAGGCCUGUGUUUGCCCAUUUAUAAGGGUAAGUGUGGCUUAUGUGCUUGUGUUGGGUCGGUUUUAGGUUUAUUCCCAUUAGUUCUUAUCAGCGUUUAUCUUGAAGUUCGAGUAUGCACUGAAGUGUUCUAUUUCGUUUUGAAGAUGUGGGAGAGAUCGCUCGGGGUGGGUGAGGGUUAGGAGCACGUCAUUUGCAAAAGCAGAUACUUUUACUUCCUGUCCGCCUGCCCUGAUGCCUUUAAUGUCGUUAUUUGCUCUGAUAGCAUUCAGAAAUGGUUCCAUCGCCAGAACAAAUAGUAGUGAUGAUAAAGGGCACCCCUGUCUCGUGCCAUUGCUUAUGGUAAAGGGGGGGGAGUUUUGCCCAUUGACUCCAACUGUGGCUGAUUGUCUCUUAUACAGUGUUCUCACCCAUCGUAUGUAAUUGGGGCCUAUUCCUAUAGUUUCAAGGGUGGUAAAUAGGAAGGUCCAGUCUACUCAGUCGAACGCCUUUUCGGCGUCCACCGAGAGAAGUAUUGUUGAUUCCCUGGUGGUAGAGGCACCGUGUAUGAUGUUGAGGACUCGGGUGGUAUUGUCUCUCGCCUUUCUGCCGGGGAUGAAUCCUGCUUGGUCCGUAUGGACCAAGUCGGGCAGUAGCGUCUUGAGUCGGUUGGAAGAUUAUAUAGAGUACUGUAGUAGUGCCGGAAGGUUUUGGCUAUGUCCUCGGUUUUGUCUUUGCAUGUAUCAUCCUGUGCUUUUAUGUGGGAUAUGUAUGUUUUUUGGUGUUUUUCUUUUAGGGCUCUGGCUAGAUACUUCCCACUCCUAUUGCCGUGUGCGUAAUAUGUCCCCCUGGUUAGAAGCACUGUUCUAUGUGCCUGCAUCGUAAGGAUAUUGCGCAGAUCCAUUCUUAGUGCUGUUAGUGUGUUAUACGCCUCUACGCGUCGGCUUUAUGUUUCAUUUCUGCUCUAGAUAUUGCUUCUGUGAGUGAUUUGACCUUCGCUUGGCAUUCUUUUUUUAUACGUGCUCCCCACUUAAUCAAUAUACCUCGGGUAAUACCUUUGUGUGCCUCCCAUACCCAGGUGUCUGUGGUGUCUUUGUUUUUGUUUUCUAGAAAGUAUCUAGGGAGGGAUUCAUUGAGGUCCUCAGUUACUCUAGAAUCAUCCAGUAGUGAUUCAUUCAUUCGCCACAUGUUGACUGGUGUGCAUGUUCCCGUAAUGGAAUGUGAGGAACACUGGGGCAUGAUCUGACCAUGUGAUGUGGCCUAUUGAUGCCUCCUUUAACAGGUGUAAAUGCCUAUGUUCUAGGAAGAACAUGUCCAGUCUGGAAUAACUAUGUGCUACCUGUGAGUAGUAGCUAUAGUCCCUCUCCUGUGGAUGGGAUAUUCUCCAGCAAUCUACUAGUUGGUGGGCAUGGAGGGAUCUCUGCAACAAAGCCCUUUGAUGCGUCUGUUUCUACUGGUUGUGGAACUGUCUGUGGAGUGAUUUGGGACCAUGUUCCAGUCCCCCCCAGAACCAUUAUCCCGUCUGCAAAUUUGUGUAGUUUUCUAAGACAUGAGUUGAUGAACGAUACUUGUUUGGUAUUCGGGACGUAUAUAGUUGCCAGUGUCAAUGAUGUGUUGUUUAGUGUGCCUUUAAUGAAUAGGUAUCUUCCCAAGGGGUCUGUUUCGAUUUCACUCAGAGUAAAGACUUUGCGUGGGGAUAUUAGAAUGGCUACUCCCCUUGCUUUGCCCCCGUGAUAGUUGCUGUAGAAUGCUUGUCCUAUUGUUUUUGUCCUCAAUUUAGGGGUUUGACUCCCUCUUAAGUGUGUUUCCUGUAAGAAAACAAUAUCAGCCCGUUGCCUGUCAAUGUCAUGGGUUAGUACUGUACGUUUCUCUGGAGUAUUAAGUCCCCUAACAUUUAGGGAUAUUAUUUUGAGAUCAGCUAUUAAAAGCUGGGUGGUAGUGAUGGUGUGUCAUCUCUAGGUGGUGUUGCUUACGCUUGUACCUUUGGGGGUUAGGGAGGUGUGUGGGGGAUCUCAAACUUGGAACAGUAUGUACAAUUAGCAUGUAGAUAAUAUGCAUCUACCAGAUGGUGUCUAGCGCGCUAGGCUCUGUAUGAGUCCUGCGGGCUUUCUGCGACACCUCUUGGGGGUUACGAGGUCUUGGGUGUCCAGAACGUAUGACCUGUAAUCUGGAAUGUAAACUUAUCAUUUCAAAAGCGUUCCUAACUAUACGGCCUAUGUUAUCUUAUAUUAACUUGUAGUAAAUUUUGAAAUGUGAAUUUCUGUCCCCUAGUUUCACGCAGCCAGGACCCAGUACCUAAGGGGGGUGCAGGCGGUGGCUGCGCGGAAGGCAGUUUAAAUAUGCAAUACAGUAAACAAUAUGUAAGUCGCGACAAAUGGUGUGAAACUUUCAGUUAUAAAAGAGAGAGCAUCUAGAUAUUUCAACAGGCAGUUAUACGUAAUAAAGGAUAUUUUAGGUCCCUCAAGCGGGUCUGCUUGUUGCGCUUUUGGGAGUUGUAACUUGUUCAUCGCCCGAUGGGGUAUGCCUUCUACGCUUUUUCGGGGUUCUUUGCCACUUGGUUCUCUGAAAAGUGUGUGAUGCCUGUCCCAAUGGUAGCCCAGUCCAGUCCUCCACUGUGUCCUUUGGGAGUUUUAGGGCUUGCUGGAAGGCCUGGACAUCUGCGGGUGUUGAGAUAGAGUACGUUUUCCCUUGCUGUGUAACCACUAAAGUGAAGGGAUAUGCCCAUCUGUAUCUAAUGUUCAUGUCCGAUAGGGCUCUCCUCGCUAUGAGAGUUGAUUGUGCCAAGUCUUGAAAUAUCAACACUUUAUGGUCUCCAUGUUUAAUGUCUCUGAGGCGUCUGGCCUUUUGCAGAAUUGCUUCUUUGAUCGGGAAAUGGUGGAUUUUACAGAUAAUAUCCCUCGGUUUGUCCUGAGAUAAUGCCCGGGGUCUAAUCGCUCUAUGUGCGCGGUCCAAUUUAAUGACCAUGUCUAGAGGCCUGUCCAGUAUUUUGUUAACGAGGCCAGUGAGCAGGAGUAUAAUAUCUUCUGUUUCUCCCUCCUGUGUUUCUGGGAGACCACUUAUCCUAAAGUUGUUUUUCCUGCCUCUGUUGUCCAAAUCCUCUAUUUUCCUUUGCAGGAAUAGGAUGGCCUCAUUGUGGGUUUGUUGGAGGGAUUGUAUAUUUGUGAUGUGCAGGGCUGUUGCUUCCCCCUCUUCUUCUAAUGUUUGUACCCUGUGGCCUAUUUGGCUUACCUCCUCGUGGAGCGAUUGUAUUUUGUCCCCAAAGCUCCUCUCCAUCUUAGAGAACAUUAGUUCCAAGUCUAGUUUAGAUGGUAAUUGUGAGAGUAGGGUCUUUAGGUCGCUGCCCUCUAAGGAGUUUUCUGAGGCUGCAGGGCUGGUUGGUGCCCUGUAAGCGGGAGAUUUCUCCUUCUCCUAUUUUUCUCCAAAAUACCGUCUGAGAGAGGUUUUUGACGAGGUAAGUGAUGCAGCUGGGGUGGUGUUCGCCUGUGCUCUUGAUUUCUUUGAUGUCAUGUCGUCUUGAUUGCCGGGGAUGCUGCUUAUGAGGCCAGUUCUCGACGGAGCUCAGCUCUCAUGCGGCCAUUUACUCCGGUGUCCAAGCCACGCCCCCCCAUGCUGUAUUUUUUGCAUGCUUAAAUUUUUAUAUUUUUUUGCAUAAAAUAAAUGUUUUGCAGAAUGCUGCACCAUAAGCCUGCCACUUUAGCCACACACCCUCACUUAAAAAAAAAUGCUUCCUUAUCAAAUGUAUGUACACAGCUCAGCCACUGUCAGUACUGAUCUGAACAAUAAAACAACAGGCAUUAGAAGAAGUCCAAAUUAUUCAUUCACAAGUGCAGCUUAAGUAUAGGGGCCCACUAGUGCAGCCCAAAUGUAUUCAAAGUACAGUGAUAAAUGCCCUCCACGGGAGUGAUUUAGAGUGAUUAAAUGGACAAUUGACAACAGGAAAAGGUGAGCGUUAUCUGGCCAGUCGGGGACAAAUCUGAGAAUUUUGAGUAACUAAGGAAGGUGAGGGUAAAUGCCUCUGAACAAACAUCAUAUAUGAUAAUCCUUACCAACCUAAAUGCCAUCCAAUGAAACACGAGCAGCUCAAAUGGCAGAACAGAACAAAUUGAUCACAUUGUAAGACUUUCGUAAGAUAAACCAGAAAGGAAGUUCAGAAUAGAAUUUACAUUUAGACAUUUCAAGAUCUCCCAGAAACUGUCCCAGCCAUUAACAGAAGCCUCCACUGGAGGACAAGAGGAUUGGGAUCCAGCAAGAGGUCUAGGAACAUCGGAAGCAGGAGAGCGUCCUGGCAGGACAGAUUCAGCAGGUGGGGAAAACACGGCUGGUCCUGCCGACCGUAGGAGGAUGAUUGAAAAGACAUCCACACAACUUCCCACUAGGCACUGUAAAAAAAGAGAUAAAUCCAACUUGAAUUAUAUAUAAUGUAUAGAUCAAGAUGUUAAAACAAUUAGAGGGUGUUGGGGAAUGAAUACGUUUUCUAUAGGCUUUUGAGGGAGGGAUGAAAUUACUUCCCCAAGAAACCCAGGUAGCAAACUGUGACAUAAUUCACCAUUUAGGGCUUCCUAGCAAGGCAAUAGUAUAUGGGGCACAUGAAUACCACUAAAGCUAUCGGCAAGUGGUAUGGCAUACAAUUAGAAUUAUUUUUUUUAAUUGGAUAGAGGUCUGGGCUUUAUCCAGGUAGAAAAGAGGGCAAAGACUUGCCAGUGUCUUAAACAUCAGCUCAUGAAGAGUGCAUCUCCCCAUUAGAGGGCAAGUGCUGCAAAGCUUUGUUGGGAGUCUAUUCCACAGAAGUGGCCAAAGCCCCAUUAAUAGUCAACAGGAAAUUUGCAGGCUGGUUCUAAGGGACUGGGGAGUGGGGCUCACCUAAAAGGCAACUACACCAUCUGAGGUACUGCCAAAAAGGAGAGGGCAGACAAAAACAGUGGGACUCCCCCACAAAGCAUGUCCAACAUAGGAUCAAGGUGCAAUUAGCAUAACGGGCUCAUUCACACAAUCAACAGUAGAGCUGAAUGCAGGUGAGGAGGGGGCACCUACCACCCAAUCCAGGAUGCUAAGGACUCUCUGGAGAACCAGGUGGGUAACUGGAAUGUUAGAGGAUUCCACUUGCAGAGAAGUUGGUAUAACCGCUAAGAGAGCAGGAAGCAAGAGUCUCUGAGGCAAUGAAAGAGGACCAGCAGGGAACAAACACCAAGGAGAAACAGAAGGCAAAAUUUCCACCACAGGAGGGUCCACACGGCAGCAACAAGAUGGCCUCUCCGAUACCUUGCUUCUGCCACAAAUUACUGUCCCAAAUCUCACAUAAUGAAAAUGUCAAAAGGAGGAUUUGUUUUCCUGGCACUGGAGAGUCCCUUUAAGCACCAAAACAACUUUAGCUUAAUGAAGUGACCUUUUAGUGUAUAAACCAUGCCUGUACAGGCUCCAUUUUCUGUCCUUUAGGAGCGAAUAGUAUUGUGUUUAUGCAGCCCAUGCCAUAACUUACCUGACUGACUCUCACAGUCAGCUUGAAAAAUGGUUUAUCAAUCCGUAUAUUACGUGUUUACACACAGGAGGCUCAGCAGAUUCUAACGGCUACUAACAGAGCAGGAGGUAAGACUUUCUAAAUGAAACAGAAUGUGCUAUAAAGGAAGUUUAUACAUGAGAUCUCUCUUUAUAGGAAAUGUCUAGGGAGGUGUGACUAGGGCUGCAUAAACAAAGUGAAUUAACUCCUUAAUGGCAGAAAAUUGAAAAGUUUGAGUAUAGUGGCAUGACCUACACAACAAAACCACUCCAUUAAACUUGUUGUUGUGGUGCUUAUCACCCCUUAAAAUUCAUUAUGAGGUAUAAAAGUAACUAGUAAACAGAACUGUUGAUAUAUAGCUAGAUUGGAUUUAAAAAAUAAUCCCAGUUACAUUAUUUGCAAAGUGAAAUCGGGAGUUCAGUUGUGCUGUAAAAGAAGCAGCAUAUCUGUGGAUUUCAUAGGAAUUUGGUAGUUUAUCAAAGGCUAAAUUAACACUGAAUUCAUAGUCUUUGUGACAGUAAAUGUAUAUUUUAAAGGAUUAUUAACUAAAGUGACAAUUGUUGAAAAUACAAAAUUAAACAGAUUCUCUAGUGUUAUGAAUACAAUUCUGCAUCCCUUUCUUCAAUGCUUACUUAUGGAUUAUCGCCAAAGCUGGAUGUCAUAAUGCAGAGCGUGAAGACGACCAAAGUCAUUUGGGGGACCAAAAUCCAUUAGCAACCAGGAAGUGCCUCUAAUGGCUCUCUAAUUGACAGGGCCUAGAGGCAGUCUUAGUCCUGCAAUGUAAUUAGUGCAAUUUCUCAAAAAACAGUAAAGAUUUACAUUGCAGGACUAAGUGGGACAGGAACACUGCAGACAGGCCACUUCAAUGAAAUUAAGUGAUCUGGUGACUGUAUAGUGUCCCUUUAAUUAAAAGUGAAUUUCACAUUUAAGGCCAAAAUAAUCAAACUAGAAAUAUUCUCCAUGUCAACUAUGCUUACAGUCAAGCUACUUUGGCUGUAUAUUUGAAUUUAUCUUUGAAUUUACUUAGAAUUCCCCACAAUUCACACUUUAGUGAUUAACCCUGUGAGAGCCAUGUGCGUGUCUAAAUAACAUGCUGUUACAUUUAAUUCAUUUCUGGCUGUCCAGGGAGGCCUUGAGGGCUUAAUAAUGAAUUCUAGGAGUCUUCUGUACCCUCUUGAAAUGGCUGGUGGAUCAGGAGUUAAACAAUUUGCACGGGAUCAUUUAGACCCCAUGCUAAGCAGGAGGCUUCCCAUCUAUUCACCACUUAGAUAUUUCAUUUCAAUCCAGCCAUUAUGGCCUUUUAAAGGAACACUGUAACUUAACAAUUUAAAUCCCCCCCCCACCUUGUGGUCAGGAAAUUAUAUCAUUGCACAUAAUACUUUACUUUUUUUUUUUCUUUCAAACAUUUUUUUUUUCAACAAAAGGCUGUGUGUAUGUAUGCAUGUGUAUAUAUAUUUAUAUAUAUAUAUAUAUAUAUAUAUAUAUAUAUAUAUAUAUAUAUAUAUAUAUAUAUAUAUAUAUAUAUAUAUAUAUAUAUAUAUAUAUAUAGUAGUAAACUGAGCCCUCCUUAGGGAAUUUUUAAGUCAUGAACUUAAUCAAUAAUCAACAUUUCGACCCUCCUGGGUCUUUAUCAAGAUGGUCGAAACGUUGAUUAUUGAUUAAAUUCACAACUUAAAAAUUCCCAAAGGAGUGCUCCAUUUACUACUUCCCUAUAUUUGAUGCUGAAAGCACCCAGGUUUUGCAGAUUGUAUUUGUUUAUUGGUGGUGAGUGCCAGAGGUAGGACUUUAUAUCUAUAUAUAUAUUUACAUUGGCAGUGCAUCUGAAAUAUAACACUUAGCUCCAGACAUGGUUUUUGCAAACUCAGCCUUUUCGUCUUCUCCCUCAGCAAUGGCUUGAAGAUCACCACUCCAGAGGAGCAGCUAACUAUGAUUGCAUCAACUUCCCAAGAAAAGGUAAUGAUAGGGGCUAUACUUUAAAUUAACAGGUCUCGGUAAGGGGAAAUGGCUUAAUAUACUGCAUAAACCAGUGCACUAAACAUGCUUUGAGCAGCUUUACUGGUCUUUCACGUAUUAGAAGUAGUGUAAGCUCUUGCAGUGAAGAUAUUUUUGUGCCACUCAGAAAUACAAGCCCUAAUAUCUAGUACUUUAAAUGUAUCAUUCUUAAGCUAAUUAGAAGUUAAUUGGUUGCCAGUUUUUCAAUUGAAAGAGAACCAAGAGCAUUUUAGGUAUGCCGCUUUUUCAGUUUACAUAAAUGUAUAGUGUCCCUUUAAUGUGAGGUAAAUUAGAGAUUAGUGCCACGAAUAAUAUACUUGAUUGCCUACUUACAACAAGAUGAGGAUGAUGAUGGGCUCUGGCUGCAGUCUGGCUCCACUGGUCUGGUGUAGAACAGGCUCUUUGGGGGGUGUUUGUAACUGUGGUCACAAAAGUCAAUGUUUUGGGGGAAGCAGCUCCAUUUUUGGGGACCCUUACACAGCUCAAGGUCUGGGCCCCCAGGGCCUGACUGGGAGUAUGCCCAUAAGGCCCACCCAUAAGUCCACCCAUGAGUUCGCUCACAGGGAGUGGAGUGUGUAGGGGAUGUGUUACGUGUUAGUGUAGAGGAUCUAAAGUGUGAUUUCUCCUCUCCCCCUGAGUGGUCUCUGCUCUCCUCUGCCCCCUCCCCUUAGUGGUCUUUUCUCCCCCCCCUUUCCACUAGUCAUCUCUCCUUACCUCCUUUCCAUUAGUCGUCUCUCCCCCCCUCCCCCCCCAAUAUCCCUUAGUGGUUUUUCCUCUCCCCCCUCAUUGUCUCUCCUACCCCCCACACUCUGUGGUCUCUCCUCUUCCCCCUUAAUGGUAUCUCCCCUCCCCCCUUAGUGGUCUCUCCCCUCACCCGUAGUGGUCUCUUCUCACCCACCCUCCCCUUAGUGGUCUUUCCCACCAUCCCCUGUGGCUCUCCUCCUCCUCCUCUCCUUCCCUUAGUGAUCCUCCUCAUCCUCUGGCCCAUCUCUUAACAGCUCAUCUCACUCUCCUCCUCCCUCUCCCUUAGUGGCUCCAUCCCCUCACCCUCCUCCCUCCCUCCUUUCUAGUGGUUGCCCUCCUCACCCCCUCCCUCCCUCCUUUUAGUGGCCUCUCCUCACCUCCCUUCCCUCACCUAGUGUAGCUCCUCCCUCACCCCUCCCUCUAGUGGCUCCUUUCCUCACCCCCUCCCUCAGUGGUCUCUCCUCACCCUCCCCUUCCCUUUAGUGGUCUCUCCUUCCCUCCCCUUCCCUUAGUAGUUCUCCCCACCCUCCCCUCUUCCCUUAGUGGUCUCCUCUCCUCACCCUCCCUUCCCCAGUGGUCUCCUCACCCUCCCUUCCCCAGUGGUUCCCUCCCUCACCCUCCCCUUUCCCUUUGUGGUCUCUCCACAACCUCCCUCCCCUCAGUGGUCUCUCCACACCCACCAUCCCUUUAGUGGCUCCCACACUCCCUCCCUCCCUUAGUGGUCUCUCCCUCACCCUCCCUCCCUCUCUUAGUGGUCUCCUCCUCACCCUCUCCCUCCCCCUUAGUGGCUCCCUCCUCCCUCCCCCCAGUGGCCCUCUCCUUCCCCUCCCCCCCACUUAGCAAGUGGUCUCUCCCUCCCUCCCAUAUGGUCUCCCUCCCCCUUAGUGGUCUCUCCUCCCCCCUCCCCCCCUUAGUGGUCUCUCCUCAUCCCUCCCUUCCUUGGUGGUCUCUCCUCACCCCUCCCUCCCUUGGUGGUAUCUCCUCCCGCCACCCUGUGUAGCGUGGCUGAGCUCCGGUCCGUGGUAUAGAAGUUUGUUUCCUGUACCCGGUCGGACUGACAGGAAGUGCUCACUCAGUGAGCACCUACUUUCAGUCCGGCCGGGUACAGGAAACGGAUGCUCCUGUACUGUGGACCGGACCAGAGCUCAGCCACGUUACACUGAGGGACGGGCAGGAGGGAGCGCUGUGCGCUUCCCUCCUGCUGAUGCCUCAUAUCUUGCGCCCCUGGGCCGGUACGACCUCAUGGACUCCCCAGCCCGGAGAGUGCUGCAGCCGCCAAUGCCGACCCUGCUCCAAGCACUAUAAACACUGCAAUUUAUGUAAUGAUGCCAAUAAAGAUAUCGAUACUGCCGAUAAUACAUACCAGGACAAAUGACAUUCCCUGGUGGUUCGGUGGCAUGGACUGUGCAGUGGGGGCCCACAGCAAGCUCUUCCUUACCUUCCCAGCAGCUCCCUUCAACUCCCCUGUCUAAAUCUCGCGAGUCCCGCAGCCAUCAGAGCGGCAACACUCCGCGCGGCACACUGGCCACGAGAUUUACACAGAGGAGCUGAAUGGAGCUGCUGGGAAGGUAAGUAAGAGCUUGUUGCGGCCCCCCACUGCACAGUCCAUGCCACCGAACCACCAGGGAAUGCCAUAUCCCCCCUCCCUGACCAAGUAAGAAACAGGGUGGAGGGACAAAAACAAAAAAAAUUAAUAUUUUUUUAAAAUGCCGCCCCUCCCAUUUUACACAAAUUACAUACCUACAGAAAACACACACACUCUGCAUUAUAUACACACAUUACACAAACACACACACACUCUGCAUUCACUAUACAAACACUACACAAACACACACAUACUCUGCAUUCAUUGUAUACACACACUGCAUUCACUAUACUCACACUACACAAACACACACUCUGCAUUCACUAUAUACACACACUCACUGCAUUCAUUAUACACACACUACACAAACACACUCUGCAUUCAUCAUAUACACACUGCAUCCACUACACAAACACACACAGCUCCCCUGUCUAAAUACACUGCAUCCACUGAAUGUGGCAUGUGUAUUUUGUGCAUUUACCUUUAGAAAGAGUUUAUUUUUUCAAAAUGGUAAAUGUACAGAAUAUCGGUAAAUUAUCGGCUAUCGGCCUGAAAGUUCCCAGAUUAUUGGUAUCAGCUCUUAAAAAAAAAAAAUCAAUAUCGGUCGAUCCCUAGUUGUCAGUAGGUAGUCAGGCAGAGCAUGGGUUCUGGAGAUGAAGCUGAAUAAGCACUACAGUGACUUGCAGUGGUUAUGGUGUGUGUAGUUUCCUUUGAGUUUCACUUUAUGCAUUGCUGUGUUGCUGACAUGGACUUGUGACUGCAUUAAGCUGCAUUUUAUUGGGGGUUUACAUCUUGUGUUUUUGUUCUUUUUUGUUUGUUUGUUUUUAAAGCCACGAUCAAGUAAUCUAUUUUAUAGUUGACAUAGAGAGGUAGAAGAAAUGUGCAUCUUAUAAAUAUAUAGUAACUGUAUCAAAACAAAUUGUAACCUGUUGUAACCAAAUUGUAAUUUGCUACCCCAUCUCACAAACAAAAACUGCCCACUUCAAAAAUGUGUAGGCAAAAAUCAAUAAAAUGAAUUUAAACAUUACUAAAAUCUGCUAUUCAGCCCCAAAUUCUCUGCAGAGUCACAUGAAAGUUUGUACUUUUGCACAUGUCCUUGUAACUACAGGGGCACAAUCCUGCAUUCUGUAAAUAGGACUCAUGCCUGUAUUAAUCACAUGAGCAUAUUUUGUAGGAUUAGACACGUUGGUUAGGAUGUCACUUUUGUUUCGUAAUGCCUUUGAUCAUAUGGGAAGCCCAGAAAUAAAAUCUUCUGUUUGGAAAUAGUCUCUGUUUAUCUUUUUUAGAACAAGUGGCUUCGAGCCAUUAGCCAGGCAGUUGAUCAGGCAUUGAAGGGCUUGUCUGAGCCACUGCCCACUACUAGUGGAAGCAUUCAAAGACAGGAACCCCCAUUGUCACGCAGCGCCAAGUACACUUUUUAUAAAGAUCCACGGCUGAAGGAUGCCACUUAUGAAGGUCGAUGGCAAAAUGGGAAACCACAUGGCAAGUAAGUGUAAGUGUGUGUGUGUGUGUGUCUAUAUAUAGAUACAUAUAAAAUAAAAUCUGUGUAUGUACACAUAUGUUUCUAUUUUGAUUUUUAGAGGUAUGCUUACAUGGCCAGAUGGAAGAACAUAUUCUGGCAAUUUUCGGAAUGGAUUGGAGGAUGGGUAAGAGUUGAUUAUUACGUAAAAAAAAAAAUUUAAAAAAAAUAUUGUCACACUAUAAUAAUGUUGAGAUAGAACCUUCACUGAUUUUUUUUUAAAUUUAUUUAUUUUUAUAUUUUCCCCACAGGUAUGGAGAAUACAAAAUUCCUAACAAAGCUUUAAAGAAGAAUGAUCGCUACCUUGGACAUUGGAAAGAUGGCAAAAUGUGUGGCCAAGGCACCUUCUGGUAAAUUAGAGUCUAUGAUUGCAUGGUACACUGGGAUAAGAAAUUGGUUAGAGAGCUCGUCAGAUUUCCUUUACAUUUGCUAUAUCAUGAGAACGUUCAAUUCCUCAAUGGUUAUUUCAUGCAAUUCGAUCUUAUAUGGCAAAUUGUAAUGACUGAGCUGACAUCUCAGAGACAAAAUUUUGCUUCUAAUUAGCACAUUGUUUCUUGCCAAGCUGAUAUGUGUGUAUAUUGUGAGAACCCUUGAGUCACAGUUUUCUUUCCAGAGCUGUAUAAUAAUACACGUGGAAAUAAUGUUUCUGUUUAAUAUAAAAAAUAUCCCCCAUAAAUGAUAAAUUUAUAAUUAUAUAUUUCUAGCUGCAGAUUAAGAAACACCUUAAGGUUGUAGGACCCAUAGUCCUCCAUAACCUAUUCAACAUUUUUGUUCUAACUUGUGGUUUGUAAUGAUUUCCGCAUCUCCAAAUGACAUUAUUUUGUCUUAUACAGACUUUAUCAGUCUUUCUCUCUUCUUCUCACGAUCAUCAUUUCAUCAAAAUAUAUGGUUGCUUAGUGUGUCUUUUAAAGUUUUUGCCAAGCAAAUUUUACACUAUACAAACCACCAUCUGCGAUUAAUUGAACAAUGCCUCUGCUUAGGUACGCAAAUAGUGAGGUAUAUGAAGGCUGUUUCCAAGAUAACACAAGGCACGGCCAUGGGCUGCUGCGGAGCGGCAAGCUCACCUCGUGUUCACCCAGCAUGUUCAUUGGUCAGUGGGUGAUGGAUAAGAAAACCGGCUAUGGAGUCUUUGAUGAUAUCACGAGGUACAGUUUCCUGUGUUUGUUAUAAAAAUGCUUACUCUUUCUCUAGUUGGAUCUAUAUAUACAGCAAUAAAGUCUUAUAGGAUGUUUAAAUACUACCACACCCAUUGUAAAGCAAGUCACGUGCUAAAAUAUCCACAGAUUGUUGGUAAACUCCUGUCCUAGUUAAGCAGUGUUUUUGUAGUAGUGCUUUUAAUUCAAUGCUAGAGAUGUGACGAUUGCAUGUAUAAAUGGAGAGUAACUAAAGUGAGCAUUAAUACCUGUACAUUGUCCUGCGUGCAUAAAAUUGUGUGCACAUACACUGUGUUUACGGAGUACAUUGGCGAUUGCUUGAUCAACAUUGGGCUUUAUUUUCUUCCUUCUGGCAUGAAAGGCGCAAUAGACAUUUAAUUUACUUGCUUAGAAUGGGGGUAUGUUGCAAUUUAUUUAGUUUCUUUCUCUCUUAAUUGAUUCAUGGCAGGGGUGAGAAGUACAUGGGAAUGUGGCAGGAUGAUUUCCGUCAGGGCAAUGGAGUUGUAGUGACCCAGUUUGGCUUAUACUACGAAGGAGCCUUCAACUUCAACAAGAUGAUGGUAAGACUCUGCUACCAGAUGCUCUUUAUUCUGUAAUUUAAAUACUGGCACCUUGUUUUUUCUUCAUCUAUUUUAUUCUUGAAUUGUUUCUGGAUCUGAAAUGGAUAGUUAUCCUUUCUUGGAACAGUCUGUUGUUUCUUUUUUUACUAGUCAUAUCAUUGCACGCCUCCUUGUGAUAUCUUUAUAUCACUAAGUCACGAAGUCAUUCACUGACUGGUAGUAUCUAUACAAAUUUACAGUUCAAAUAAAAAAGUAGGCCCAUAAAGUCCAUAUAAAAUUGCACAUUUGCCUUGUCAUGCAAUAUUCUUUAUUUAUUUGGAUCCUGUCUGUCCUAUAACUAGGGGACUGGUGUUUUACUUUCUGAAGAUGAUACUGUUUACGAAGGGGAGUUCUCAGAUGACUGGACAUUGAACGGAAAGGUAAGGUGACCUAACUGCCCUGUGUUUCACUAAUGUAUUCCUGCUACAUCUGGCAUUAAAAUGUUUGUGUUGCUAGAACAGUUUUUAUUCUCUUGCCAGGGGGUCCUGACUAUGUCAAAUGGAGAUUGCAUUGAAGGACUUUUCUCUGGAGUGUGGGGAUCUGGAAUAAAAGUCAACGGCACCUACUUAAAGCCAAUUGUGUAUGAUGGAGAAAAAGAGGAAGCCAAGAGCUUGUGAGUCAUGCAUGUUAGCUGGGAAUGUUUGGGCUGGUGGAAUAAGCGGGACAGGUGCCAACAGCUAUUCUUCGUCUUCCAUAUACAUACCAAGGUUAACCUGCUGACAACUGGCAAUUAUCACACUCCAACAGCCUCAAAGAGCAAGUUGAAGCCACCCCUGGUUAAUUUUAUGCCGCCUGCUUCGUGUCACUCGGACUUCCUUAAAGCAGAGAGAGGCUGGAAUUUGGAUGUUUAUGGGGUGGCUACCAGGCCAGCUAUGCUAAUCUGCUUUUAGGGGCAUGACCAUUUACUGUUGUUUUUUUUAUAUUUGUUAAUGAAGCUCUGGUCGUAUAACAAUAUAUUAAUAUAAAAAGAUGGGAUAUUUUUUAAUCUACUAAUAUCCUUCUAACAUCAAAGUGUCACUUUAAGUAUGUAACUGUGAAAUUACCGUAUAUCUCCAGACUUUGGGGUCUGCUGGUCAUGGUUGUCCCAUUGUGGUGAUCUCAUGGGCUUUCCCCUUUAGGAAGUUAGGACGUCUGUCUGUGCCAGCUGACGAAAAGUGGAAGGCCAUUUUUGACGAGUGCUGGAACGAGCUUGGAUGUGAGACUCCUGGACAAGGAGACUCUAAAAAGGCGUGGGAAAACAUAGCUGUGGCCAUUACCACUAACAGGCGGCAAAAACAGGACAGGUAUAUUUCUGGGAUUGGAAUGUCACUGGAUAUAUAAAUAAAAGGGCCGAUUUCUAAUCUCUGUGAGAAGCAGUUUGUCAUUUUUUUUCCUUUUCUUUUGCAAUUUAAUUUUGUUGUUUCAUCUGCUUUUCUCUCAGUGCAUUUGGGAUUUAUUAUUAAGCAUUCUUUUACGAGAAUUGUUUGAUGGUUUUUCAUUGAGUGUUGAGUUUGGACUGAUUACAGAAUUAAGAGAAUAUCCAUGUGUUUGCUUGAAUGUGAAAAAUGCCUUACUUAAAUGUGUAAACUUCAAGUGCUGUUUUCACAUUUUACAAACGACCAGUUAACUAAUUACAAACCAAACUUAACAUUGAUCAGGAGAUCCAUGUGCUGUAAUAUAUCUCUUACUUAAUACAGUAGUCUACGAGAAUGUAGUUUGCUAAACAAGCAAAGCUGCACCAUUUGGAAUUAUUUGGUAAUUAGCAGAGAAUAAAAAAAAUUUAAAAAAGACUUUUAAUAAUAUAUUACAUAUUACCAUAACAUCUGAAGUGUGUUCUUCGUUAGGGAGUUAUCCAUCAAUACAUUGUGUUCACUCAGCAGUAGGUGGGUUAGUGCCUGCAUGAUCUCCUGUCCAUCUCUGAAUGUAGGUGGUUAUUUUCUCCCCUCUCUCUCUCUCUCUCUCUGUUGUAGCCCUGAGCCACUGAGCCGCUCCCAUACCCAAACACUGGAGAGCUUGGAACUUAUACCGCAGCUCGUUGGCCCCUUCACACUCGAGAAAUAUGAGAAGAUCAAGAUGUAUCUGAUAAAUGUAACUUAGUUCUUAUGCUUCGCAAUUAAUAUGGAAUGUUUUUUUUUUGAUCAUUUAUCUACACAUUAUACCCGUGUGUAAUUAUAGUUUUAUUCUCUUACACUAUUUAGCUCCCAAGCUUCCAUCUUCAUGGUCUUUUGUGGUGUCACCUGCAUCUAGCAAAUUUAAUUCCAAUUUACUUGUGCAACUGGUAGACCUAUACUGAAUACUUUUUUUUAAUUAGAUAUUUUUUUACCAUAUUAAAAGCAUUCAUCUGGAAUUUAAUGUAGACCAGUGUAUUAUAAUCUCCUGUCCUAAGCACGAAAUGUAUAUAAGGUACCAAAAAUAAUUCUGGUAUUUUACUCUAUCCAGGAUGUCCAAUUACCACCAAUUAAAAUGUAGGCUAGCAUUUCAUAAUGGCACAGCGCUAAGCCCAGAUUUUACAUACUAUAAUUAAUCAUUAAAAUCUACACAUUGUUAAUAAUUUCACAAACAUAAUUUAUAGAGUGAAUAGUGUUGUCUGAACAAACCCUCCUUGUUUAUUAUUUGGAGAAAAGUGAACUAUAAACAAUGGAUUGCAUAAGGUAUGCAGUCUCCAGUGACUGUAGUUCAGAAACGCGAGAUCAUGCCAUCAUAUAUAGCUUCAUUUUCAUUGUAUUGAUCUGUUGUCUUUCUAUUCAUAUCAAUCCUCCUCAGGCUUGUGAAACCCCGAUGCAUCAGCUGGGAAGACUUGUGGAGACCCUGGUGGCUGUGUACAGAAUGACAUACGUAGGAGUAGGAGCCAACAGGAGGCUUUUACAGGAGGCAGUUCGAGAGAUCAAAUCUUACCUGAAACGUAUCUUCCAGAUUGUGAGGUGAGCGUGCAUGUUCAUGUUAUCGGAGGACAAUCUGUGGCAAUGGUUUAUUCUGAAUUGCAAGAGAAACUUUCAAGGCGAGUAGCUUUUUUUUUUUUUUCAAGUAUGUUAUCUUUGCAAUGCAUUAUAAAUAGGGAGUCUCUCAUCUCUUGCAGUGCAGGAUAUGAUAAUUUGAGAUGCUGGACCUUGUUGUGUUACUUAAAGAUUGUGUUCAUCUCAAACUGCCUUGUGAUAACAGUUUUGUUCUCCAGGUUUCUGUUCCCUGACCUCCCUGAGGAAGGCAGCUUGAUCCAGCCAUCAGCGAUUACCAAAGAGUCACCAGACAAGUGUCACAUUUACAAUGGGACCGCUGAUUCUGGAUCUGAAUCUCCUGAACCAGGGUAAGUUGUACAAUUACAAGUUCAUUUCGGUAUGUUUAGUAUAGUAAAACAUUUUACUUAUGGGUAUUUGUUGUAUUAUAUAGUGAAUUUGUAAAAUGUUUCUUUAUUCACAAUCCUGCUUUGAUAACAAUAACACCAUAUCACUUAUGUAUGCAAUAUACAAUUAACAACAAUACAGUAUGGCAAGUUUGAAUGUAGCACGAUACAGAGGACUAUGGAUUUUUUUUUUUUUUUUUUGUAGAAUAAACAAUAAGUAAAUAAAUAUAGUAGAAUAAACAAUAAUUGUACGAUACUGCACCCCUCACCCAAUUGUUGUGUUAGGAGUAAUGGACGUGCCAAUUUGGGCGAUAAGGUCGUAGAUGCCUCUUGUAGGAUGAAAUACUCUUGAAGGGACUUAUAAAUGAAAUGCUCUUGAAGGGGCUAUAAUCCCUUCAGUUGGAUAUGGCAAGGUAUAACAUCGUGGUUCGUUCAUAAAUGGGGAGUGGGGGGGAACAUAGGAGGUAGCGCAUGUAUCAUGUAGUUCGCAUUGGUGAGAGCAUUAAAAUGAGGAGCGAAAAUUUGUGUGCAAAGGAACACCGCACAGGAUUAAACUGUGCAUGCAUAAGAAAAGGACUUGAACAGUUUGUAGAAACAAAAGAAAAAAAACAACUGAACAUGUGAUACAGAGGCUUUUAUAUAGUGAAUUUAACUCACAUUUCAAUGAUUUGUAUUUGCAAAACUCAAAGAAGCCUGCUUCAUCAAGGAUUUUGUACACCAAAUCUCUCUCUAAACUAUUAAUGUUAAAUACAUAUUGAUAAGAAGGACUCCCUUUUUGGGCUCCCCUUGUUAUUGUCAAAUCUCAUGGAGAAAAGGAACACACCAGGGUGUCCUGCUUCAUCAACCCAAAUGUCUUUGAACAAUAACUCCUAUAACCCUAUGGCAAGUUACAGCAGGCAGGGUAUAAUGUGAGUUGUAGUCCAUGAAGAUCUUAGAGCAGACAUUCCUGUUCAUAGAUCACAACUGAAUACAAGAAGAAAGUUUGAAGGAGGUUGCUCUAAGUACCAUAACCACUGCAGUUAAUCAUAGUGGUAUGAUUUCCCUUUAGCAGAUAUCUAGAAUGAACUGUUAAAUGCCAUUUCAGGUUUUUGUCUCCAAAUAUUUUAAAGUGCCAAAUAUAUUUUUUACACAAUUCUGUGCAUAUAUGUCAAUAGUGGUCUGAAAGCAUCAAUUUAAUGAAACUGCAACCUUUAAUAUUUACUUUAUAUACAUAUGGCCUGGCUUCCUUCUUUAUUUACUGCAAUAUACCAAAAGUAUGUGCCUUAGAAGUAUGUUGGUUAUAAACAAUUCAUCUUGAUUUACCAAAUAGCUGUGCAGAUUAUGGUGUUGCUUGUCUUGGUUAAAGAUUACUUUAUUGGCUGUCUUUGUAUUCAUGUUUUACAAUUCUCUAACUGCUCUAAAUUCAUUGCUUUCAAUAUUUUGUGGUUUAUAGAGGUAUAAAAACAAUGAUUGACUUUAACACCUGUCUCUUUUCAGGUAUGUGGUCACAAGUUCAGGAUUGCUGUUACCUGUGCUGUUACCCAGAUUGUACCCUCCCCUGUUCAUGCUUUACGCUCUUGAGCAUGAGAAGGAUGAAGAAGCGUAUUGGGAGUGCAUCCUACGUUUGAACAAGCAACCAGACACUGCACUCCUUGCGUUUUUGGGUGUGCAAGAGUAAGUGUAGUAGAAAACCUACAAUCCCGGCUAAUCUGCAUUGUAUCUAAUUUCUUAAAUAAUUUGUAGUUGUUACAUUAAACAAAUAAACACUGUUUUUCUUUAUAUAUCCUUUAUAUUGUAGAUGAACAAAGAUUUGCAUGUCCACUUUUGUUCAUAUUUCGUUUACUUCUGGAAAGUGGUUAUAUAGUUUACAGAAAAUUAAAGCGGCCCUGUCAUCCCCCCCGAUACUGUAUUUUACAACAAUAGAAUCUUAAAGAAAUACUCAUGUUGACGGUGUUGUAAUUUCAAUGAAAUUCUAACCCAGUCAACAGAUAUACAGAGACAAAGUAUGGACUGCUUUGUCUCUGAAUUUCUCCUCCGCCUGAUUUUCUUAGGUUCAGGGCAGAGUCUAAGUGUCAAUCUCGACAGACGUCACCAGUGACUGCUGCAGGGAAUUGGCUGUGUCUAUGUAGGAUCCUGCAGUUGCGGUGGCUGCCCUCUUGAGGGACAAGUUCAGGUAGGUUAAUCUUGCCUUUACCCUCCCCCUCCUGUCACCGGAUCCCCAGCGGCAAUUUCACCAACUGGAGUCUUUGCAAUUUCGUCAAAGUCCCCAGACGGUGACAGUGACACUUUAAUGUUUUUAGAAGGUUUAUAAAGAAAGCAUAAUUAAAAUACACAAGGUUAUGUAAAUGUUUUAUACAUUAGCAGUUACAUGAUUGUUGUAGCAUAUUUUAUCCCUCUAGCUGAUGAAAGAGUUCUUCCUUAUCUCCAGAAUCUGAGAGGAUCAAUGUAAUGAUGUUUACCUGUGGUAACUGAGGAGAAUGGGAAAGAUAUUUGACUUCUUUCUUGUGUUCAGUAAACCUACCUUGAAUUUAUCACAUUAUUAUGAUGGGACAGUAUAUGAAUCUUAUAUAUGAAAGCAUAAAAUCCACUGAUCCAAUGCCCACCUGCUUUCCAUUACGCCUACUUUACUGUGCUUAACGGUCAGUAAAAAGCAAUUGGGGCUAUUUAACAAAAUGUAAAUUUUCUGAAAUUCAAAGAGUAUCUGAAGCUUUAGAUCACUAUUUUUCUUGUCAUAAUAUAGGAAAUCUUAUGAAUGUUCAGCAUCAUUAAAUAUCUAGAGGCCUGUGUGCCUCCUCAUCUGUUUCUCUGUUGUAUCUCUAUAAUAACUACAAAAAUUAAAUAAAAUAUGAUUAAAAAAAUAAUAAAUAUAUAUGUGUGUGUAUGUAUGUAUAUAUAUAUAUAUAUAUGUAUGUGUAUGUAUGUGUGUGUAUGUAUAUAUAUAUAUAUAUAUAUAUGUAUAUAUAUAUAUAUAUGUAUAUAUAUAUAUAUAUAUAUAUAUAUAUAUAUAUAUAUAUAUAUAUAUAUAUAUAUAUAUAUAUAUAUGAUCUCCCACAUCGCUCCAGUUGCAAAAAAAAAUGAUGGUAUAGAAAAAAAUAUUUUUUAGGUUUCAAUUAAUGAAUAACACUGAUUGGGUGAUGAAGCAUUCUCAAAGUGAUAACCUUUCCAAAUGUAGACAAAAAUAGCAAAAAAUAUGUCAUCACACCAUAACUGAUUAUCGGGUUACUCCAGGGCUCAGUAUUUGUGCUUCUCACUCUUGGUUUUACUUCUUUAUUCUUUGGCCUUGGAUAGGAAUUUUUAUUUUUUUUCUGGUUUUGUUUCUUCUUCCUCAUAUCGGACUGGGUCAUCCAAUUCAGAUCAGAUCCGUUCUUUGGUUUUUGUGAUUUGUUAUAUUUAGUUUAGAUACAGAACAUUAUAACAAAGAAAUAUAACAGUCAAACGACCAGUUAGUAUCCACAAUAAAAAUAACAAUAAUAAACAUGAUAUGUUGUCGGUAGAGACGGAAAAUUAACCUUCACGGGCUGGAGGAGCAGCUACUGUAUUUUCUAUUGCAAAAAAAAAAAAGACCUUUGACAUAGAGGUGAAAGAUUUUUAGAAGUAGGGAAAAAAAGCUUGAACCGCCCACUAUGCUUCCAUUACCGAAAAAGCCAGGCAAGGCACACUACCAGUCGAGAUGGGGCAACCACUUUUGCACUUUGCUUAUUCAGCUUGUCUUGUUAUUUUUUUUAAUAGUUUAUAUAGUUUUGUGACUGAAAUAGCCAGAGUUUAGCAAAGAUUAUUUUCUCUUUUUCAGAUUGAAGGAUUCUUUGUUUCUUUCAAAAUGAUGGUAUCAAAAUACCAGUAGUUAUACCUUUUUAUGUCAGACACAUACUUCAAAUUGUCCGUCAACCGGCUUCACUGAUGCAUUUCUAAAUAGGAUUCGAUUUCUUCAAAGUUAAAGGACAACUAUAGUGCCAGGAAAACAUACUCGUUUUCCUGGCACUAUAGUGCCCUGAGGGUGCCCCCACCCUCAGGGUCCCCCUCCCGCCCGGCUCUGGAAGGGGGAAAGGGGUAAAAACUUACCUUUUUCCAGCGCUGGGCGUGGAGCUCUCCUCCUCCGAUCCUCCUCCGUUCCUCCCCGUCGGCUGAAUGCGCAAGCGCGGCAAUAGCUGCGCGCGCAUUCAGCCGGUCGCAUAGGAAAGCAUUAUCAAUGCUUUCCUAUGGACGCUGGCGUGCUCUCACUGUGAUUUUCACAGUGAGAAGCACGCAAGCGCCUCUAGCGGCUGUCAAUGAGACAGCCGCUAGAGGGAAUGGGGGAAGGCUUAACCCAUUCAUAAACAUAGCGGUUUCUCUGAAACCGCUAUGUUUAUGAAAAAAUGGGUUAACCCUAGUUGGACCUGGCACCCAGACCACUUCAUUAACCCCUUAAGGACCAAACUUCAGGAAUAAAAGGGAAUCAUGACAUGUCACACAUGUCAUGUGUCCUUAAGGGGUUAAGCUGAAGUGGUCUGGGUGCCUAGAGUGGUCCUUUAAUCUACUUUUUUUCUGUGUUUUUGUUUUUUCUAUUUUCCAUCCCCAAAGACCUGUUGUGAUGUCAAAUAAAGCCUAUUCUAUUUUACAGGACAAGGAACACAGUUAUAUUCUUGUAUGUCUUAUUUUCACACUUUUUUUUUUUUUUCCUCCGUAGCAAAUUCUGGCCGACGACUAGAAUCUUCUUGGGAGUAAAGCAGAAGGUAACAAAAUAAAUCACCUCUAAAUGUGGGAUAAAAUGAUAUGUCUGCGCCCUUAUUUUCUGCUUGCAGUUUAUUUUUUCAUAUAUGGUUUUCUUUUUACAUAUAUUCCCUAGUGGCACUAGAUGGCGAUAGAAUGUUUGCUCAGUAAUUGAAAUAAAGAAGAUUAAGGGCGGUCUAGGGCUUGGUUAACAGUUGGCUGAGUAUUGCAUGAAAAGUAAUCUGAUGUAUCUUACUUGAUAUUUAGAGUAUAUAUAAAGUAAGGCAGUCCUGAAUAACAAAUACGCAGUAGAACAGGGGUAGGCAACCUUUUAGUAGUACUGUGCCAAACCAAGAUCUUGAAAUCUCUUGACGUGCCGGUCCUAUUUUUUUAAAAUUAAGGUGUGCAUGUUGCCGCAUUCUGCUUGUGCUCUUUAUGUAGCGUUGUAUUUGUGCUACAUUGUAUAUAUUCAUCGAUAGUUUGUGGUAUUGUGAGUUCCAUGCAAAGGCACCUCGAGUUAUGUGCAUGGCACUCGUGCCAUUGGUUUCUGACCUCUGCACUAGAAGAAUGGAGUUGACUUAGAAUAGUUUUGAUUUAUUUAUUUUUUAGUAGUUUUGUUUUUGCAGUUAUAGUCUGUAUUCUAUAUUACAUUAAAAUGUGUUCUAAUGGUAAUGUGUACACAUGUUAAUAAAGUAAUGGUAUGCCACCAGGAAGAAGGCAUAAAUGAUAGCUGAUUCUUAUGCAAUGUAAAUAUCUUAAAUGCCUAUUUUUUCCCCAUUUAUUGCAUUUACAACUGAAGAAUAUUGGAGAUGAUAUGGUCAUUUGCAAAACUGCAAUUACCAAUGCACAGCAAGAUAUAUUAAACUGUGAUUCUUAUUCAGAAAAACAUACCAUUGUAUAUUUAUAUAAUGGUAGAAAUAGAACACUUCACAUCUGUCUAUGGCAGUACUGAAAUAUAAUAAAGAUAAUCAAAAUAGCUUUAAUGAAAAUCGGUAUACAGCAGUUGACUUGGCAUUUAACAGCAAAGGCUGGCCCAAAACGUGAACUAUUUUCCUGAAACUUGGGACAAAGUGUUUUAGAUUAUACCUGGUUUAGUUUUCUUUCUGAUAGAUUUUGCAGCCUUGUCACAUAGUGUGACGGGUUUUAUUUGUGGAUAUUAUUUCUGGUAUAUUUUGCUAAAUAUAGAUCAUCCCUUUAUAUUUAUUUGUGUGCUCCGUUGGUUAAAAUAUGAGAAAUAACUCCACCAGUAGGCCGUUGUUUAAUUAUUUCACUUCAGCACCUUUUUUUAUCUAAGCAUCCUGUUGAAUUAUUUUUCCUUAAUACCAUGCCACAUUAUGUUCUACACCCCCACCCUCCACACACAUCUCCACCCCCCUAUGUCCAUAAUACUACUGUUUUUAAUUGAUUUCUUUAUCUUUCUCUAUAUUCAAUGCAGAUUUUAUCAACCACAAAAGACACUUGUUUUUCCUCUGCAGUCGAAUGUCUUCAGCAAAUUAGGUAAUCUAAUAGAUCAAAUUAUUUAACUAGGAAAGAUUAAUUUGGCUUUUGCUAGUUUUCCAAGAUAUGUGGGGUUCUAGUUGUUAUCCCGAAUUCCGUGGGUACUUAUAUUAUCGUCUGUGGUAAUGUGAAAGGCUAAACUGACUGCAGGGAAAGCAAGGUUUAAAUACUGCUCUGAAAAGUAUAUAACUCCAUUCACCAAUAUGUGUAAACUGUCUAAGAAAUAGUUUAUUUAAUUAGUUAAGAAAAACCCUAUUAAAGAAACACACGCAGGCUAAUAUGUCGUAUUGGUGCCCUAUCCGCCAAUAAUAAUGCAUCCUGAGUGUCAGAUUCACAAAUCAUGACUUAUCAGUUCAGCAUUUAUCCAUAUAACAGUCUCCAGUGUCAUUAUGAUUGAUGCUUUCACUGCCAUUGUAGCUAUGGCGUGAUACUUCUUAAAAUAAAGAAUUAUAAGAGAAGAAAGCACCAACAUGUAAGAUUCAGAGGUAACCCUGGAAAGUGUGUAUUUUAUAAGGAGUCCUCUUACACAAGAUGGAUAGGAAUUCUGUUUGUAAGCAAGUUUUGCAUGUUUGUGUGGUUAUACAUGUUUUCAUAUUCUGAUAAAAUAAUUGUGCACUUAUUUUGCAUUCAUAAAAAAUGCAUUGAAUACUUUAAUGCAUUUUCUAUUAUUUUUAUUGAUAUUGAAAGUCCUCAUCUAUUCUCUACUUUCACCAGAAUCCUUCAUUUGGAGUAGUAAUCAUUAAGCUACCUCACAGUAGGAUAAGAGUUGUGUUUAAAAUAAAAUAACCAAAGUGUUGGAAAUCGCAAAAAAGGGCCUAAAUGAACAAUGUCCAAGUUUAUAACUUUUCAUAUGUCACUGUAGUGCAGAUGUUAAUGUCGAAAGGAGAAUUUUUGUCUUCCAAAACUGGCAUGCAUAGUCUCAUGAUAGGAUCUUAAAUAACUCUCUAGAUUUCUGAUUUCACAGCACAACAUUUACACCAUCAGACAAACUGAAGGUCAUCCAUCAAACUUUUGAGGAAAUUACUCAGGAGGUCCAAGAGGCCCUCAACAAAAGUUAUCUAUGGUCUAUGGAUGACCUCUUCCCUGUAUUUCUUUAUGUUGUCCUUCGAGCCAGGUUAGUAUGCCUCACUCUCUUUACUAAAGCACCAUUAUUACAUACAGCUGCAAACUUUUAUUCUGGAUUUUGUGCAGAAUUCGGAAUCUUGGAUCUGAGGUGCAUUUGAUUGAAGACCUAAUGGAUCCAUACCUUCAGCACGGAGAACAGGGGAUCAUGUUUACCACUUUGAAGGUGAUUUGCUCAUAUGAAAUAUAAACUAUAUUUAGGGCAAUCCAAGUGUUUGCUGUGCAUGGUAUUACUUUUUAACCUAAAGGGCAGUGUCCUCUUAUUGCAGAGAUAUUCAAUUGCAGAGAUUAGUUCACGGGAACCUAGCAGAAAAGCACCAACUGCGGACAAAUCAAAAUAAUGGCAAUUUUUUCUUUCUUUAGAAGUUGUAAUCUAAUAACAGGAACAUACAUUGAACUUUAUGAACACACUUUCCUAAAGAAUAGGCUUGUAUAAUAAGUGUAACAUUUGUGUUUUGUUUUUAGCGUGGUCUUUCUUCCCUCUUCCCAGUUCUGUGUCAUGACCCAUUAGAUUCCACUCUUUCCCAUUUUGAUGCCAUGACAAAUCAUGUUUUUCCUGUACACAUUUACAUGUUAUCAUAAAUCAUGUUAAGUGUUCUUUUCCCCUAUAUUCCAUGUCAACACAAGUCGUGUUUCCACCUCUGCCAUUUUCAUAUUAUCAAAAAUCAUAUUUCAUGUCAUUACAAAUCAUUUGUGUUCUGUCUUAAAUGUGGUCUAAAGUACUAAAAGUAGGCCACUCACCUGGAAAGCAAUGGAAUCAGCAGACACAUUGCAUUGGAGAGUCCUUACCUUUUGCAUCUUUGCCCAUUUUUUUUUUAAUUUCUUUUUUAACAAUACAGUUAACAUUUCUCCCUUUUUAUUUUGUAAUACAACAGUAUCUGCACUUACUUACUUUUUAUUUUAUUUUUUUAUUUUUUUUUUAUUCACUAAAGACCAAGGUCUGAGUUCUCAACUCAAAAUACUGCUGACCACACCAUGUGUUUUGGAAGUUUUGGACACCUGGACUCACAAAUUCAGAUUUUCUGCACAUAACUCUCCAAUAAUCAGGGAUACUUCCCGAACUUGACAAAAAUGUUAGAUGACACUUGGAUUAUAUCUUUCAAUUUAGUGACAUUUUUGAUUAUUUAUUUUCUCCUUUUUUUUUCUUAGGCUUGCUAUUACCAAAUCCAGCAUGAGAAAAUCAACUAGCCUGCUGCCAGAUAAGACAUUCAGUACUUAUAGUUUGGUCCACGAGCCACAGGAGAGUUCUGACAAAAUAAGCUAGGUGUCCUAUUUCUAUAUGAUGAUGACAUCGCAACUUUCCAAUGGUUUGUGCUCAUGUCUUCGGUGCUGCGGAAAAUAUUUUUUCAGGAUUGACAUUACAAAGCAAUGCAAACAUGGAUGUAUUAUUGGGGUUGGUUUUAAUGCUGAAUUUUAGGCAUUUUUUUUUUUUUUUAUGUAACUAAAUCUGACAUUCACUUUGAACAUUUGUUCUGGGUGUAGUUGUAAAUACACUUUUACUUGUAAACAAUGUGUGCAUUGUUGUAACUUACCAAAGGAGUAAAAAUUAUGAAAGUCAACUGAAUUGGCUUUGUCAAUGACCGUGUCUCUUAACUGGUGGCUCUCCACCAGUUUCCACUGCUGCUACUUGGGCCGAAGUAAAUUUCACAAGGACUACCGAAGACUCAAACUACUUGGGAAUCUCACGUCAUGUUCCUUCUUUGAAAUUUGCUAAAAAGAAAGCCGGAUGUGUAAAGCAGUGUGUAUCGUCACAUUACAUUGUUACGAAUGGUAUACUGCGCUACUGCAGUAGCUUCUUUUCUAGGCAAUGGGAGAUUCUGUUUAACUGAAGAUAUACACUAAUAAUGAUGAAAUUCUCGCUCCAGUUUUGCUAGUGACUUAGCUAAGGCUGUAGCAAUCAUCGUACAUGCCUUCUCUAAAAUAAAGUGUUUGAGCAGAAAGCAGAAACAAGUCAAAGUAACAAAGAUCUAUAAAACUUAUCUUUAAUGAAUGCCAUUCUUUUGAGUAUUCAAUUGGUGGACUGCAACUCCCAUAAUAAUAAAUGGGAGCUGGAUUGUAUAUUCUGAGCUAAAUUCUACCACAAGCUGAAGUGUUUACAAAAGGCCUGUCGGAGACUUUUGAGGACAGCACAGCAUUGUCAAUGUACCUUCUAAGGUGAUCAGGCCAGCACAGAACUCCGAAAGGGCUUUGUUUAAUUUGGUUUAAUGUUGUCAUGUCAAAACUGUAAAAUGGUCUGAUUGUGAUUGAUGCUUCCACUGCCACUGUAACUGUGCUUUGAUGCCCAUUAAAAUAAAGAAUUGUAAGAAAACAAAGUGCAAAAAUGCAAAAUAUAAAUGAGUGUCUUUCCUGAGGCCUCUAACAUCCAGGUUCUUUAGCCUCCCUUACUGAAACAAUCAUGGAGUCCACAAAUCCCUUAAGGUUGUUGGUUCUUGGGGACUUGAUAGAAAGCUAUUGGCUUACUGAGCCCACUGGCAGUUAACUUUGUAAAUAAUAUGUUCUCCUGAAAAUAUAUAGAUUUUUUUGUGUGUGUGUGUUCAAAUAUUUUAAUUCUGUAGAAUAACUGCUGCAAUAUGGAUUUGCUGAGAGAAGCAAGUUUCCAUGCAUAGCAACUAAGGUAGUUUUCAUGAUCACGAUCCCACUCCGCUUCUCGGUCAAACUAAUUUCAUGUGUUCACUAAAGCUGCCUCAUAAAAAUAAAAUCAAUUGUAUAUACUUUAUGGCCUUUGCUUGUGUAGUGGUUAUAGUCUCAUGGAAUCUCAAAUUGUUUUUGAAUGGUUUGACACGAACCUCUUGCGUGGACACGGGCCUUCCAGUUUUCGGUCAUGUCUCUAAAGCAAAAGUUCUCAUUACCCUUUUGUAAUUUCGGCGCCAUUCAUUGGUUGAGAGUGUCAGCUGACACUCCUCAACAAUCAGUAUGGUCCAAAAUCUAAACAAAUUGCUGUUGCUAAUGAAAGUAGCAACUUGUGCUUUAGGGAUAAAUAUGAAGAGGGGUUUGAGCAUGGGAGCCUGUGAGAUCACUCAAAAUAUAUUUUAAUCUUAACACUGGGAUGUAGCCAGAGUACUCGGCAAUCAUUGCCACUACAAUGGGGUGUAGUUUUUAUGGUACUUACAGUGCCUCAUUAACAAGUAACUGUACAUCUUUAGAUAUGAAAAUCUACAACAUAAUAUUAAAAGAUACCAUUAGGAGCGACUUCAGUAUUACCUUGCCUUUUGAGACAGAUCUGUUUAUAAAUGUGAGUGUGUGUGUGUUUAUGUAUGGGUGAAUAUACACACACAUACACUCAUAAUACAUGAAAUUAUGCAUGGGAGGGUUUACACAUGUUUUAAAUGUAUGUAUUUAUAUACCUAUUAUGUGAGUAACAUUUGAAAAAAAAGCUACAAUUUAAAUACGUUGUUUUUAUGAAGAGCUGCUAAUCUGCUAUUUAGCUGGAUUACAAAAUAAAGGAAACAACACUUUUUUUUUUUUUUUUUUUUUGGGGGAAAAUAAGGAUAUUAAUUUGAUGGAUUUAAAUAAAUGCACCAAUAUGACCGUGUUGUAAUAAAUUCUACAAUGUAUGUACACGCAGACGCAUAGGUUUAAACUUCUUAAUUGUUAAGUGACAGGUGUAUUCAUAACAGUGCAGUGUUUAGAGAGAUCCUAUAGUGCCAGGAAAACAAACCCUGUUUUCCUAGCACUAUAGGUUCUUGAAGUGCCCCCAUCCCUCAGCGUUGAAGGGGAUAAAACCCCUUCAGCCACUGACCUGGCACCCAGAUCACUUCAUGGAGCUGAAGUGGUCUGGGUGCCUAUAGUGGUCCUUUAAGAACAUUGUUCAAUAUGCUUGGAACCUAUAGAAGUUGUAAGAUUUUAGCCCCUUAGUGACUGUGGACGUAGAGGGUAUGUCAGCCAAAAAACUUAACGAACACUGAUCUACACUAUAUGUCCGCGACCAAAAUGAACGCUGGAAGCGAUCGUGAUCGCUUCCAGCAGCUCUAAGGGUAUUACACAAUGCCUCGAUAUAGAAAAAUUAUAUUGAAAAAGACCCAACAGGGUCAAAACGUUGAUUGCUUUGCUGAAUGUAAUUUGUUCACAUUAAAUCACAUUGUUCCAUAGAAAGACCUGUGGGUGCAUCCUGUAUUUUUUCGUUUUUUGUAUUUUUUCCGUGAUAUUAUGGAAUACCUUAUAUUUUAUAAGCCUCCAUUUUGGAAAAGGGCGAAAGUCCCAAAAGUCAUAUAAAAACGUUCAUAAAAGAUAUAAAAGUGCAUAUUAAUACAAACUAAUAACCACACAUUAAAAAAGACAUAUACAUC